CUGCCUCCAUGUUUUCUGGAGCUUAAGAGGAUUGUGUGUGUGUAUGUUCUGUGUUGUGUGUUACCAUUUUGUAAUGACAGUCAAGUCCACGGACCUGGUGGAGAGAGACAUCACUGCUGUAAAGCGGACCACUGGGCGGACGUUAUUGAAGAGACCGUGCAGCUCGACGUGUAUGAAUUCCGCGUGCUGAGGGAGGAGCCGAUCCGGAAUUUUUCGCUGAUCUCCUGCUAACAAGAGGUAGGACACUCCUUUUCUCUAUGGUUACGUGUGUGUGUGUGUGUGUGUGUGUGUGUGUGUGUGUGUGUGUGUGUGUGUGUGUGUGUGUGUGUGUGUGUGUGUGUGUGUGUGUGUGUGUGUGUGUGUGUGUGCUGUGUGUGCUGUGAGAGGCGAUGUCCAGCUCCACCGAUAUACUGAGGUCGAGUCCAUUUUAUGGUUUCUCACGUGUUCUGUGCAUUAACUCUGUGCAGAGACAUCCUUUUUGAUUGUAUUUGUGAGAGUCAGAGAGGUGACUGUUUGGGUCACAUCGGCUGCAGUGUUCAACCAAUAAACCCUUGCACUGGUAUAAAAAAAAAUCCCUGGUGGCAGGGCUCUGCAGAUGGCAGUGAUAGUUGGUUGACAACCUGAUAAAGUUCAGACUUAGAAAUAUCAGUGACCAGAAAAUAAAUUAUUAUAAAUUAGUGCACCAUAAUAUUUUCCCUAGAAUGAACUGUAAGCAUGAGCUCAUGACCUAGUAAACAUAAACGGGAGAAUAUUGAUAAGGUCAUUUUUAUAAUUGCUUAACAUUCACUUUCACCUAAAGGUCCUCAGAGAGUUGAGGUGCAUGGUCAUGCUGGAAUCUCAUUAGUAUCAUGCCAACUGUUUUAAAUAUAUAAGCCCUGUCAUAACUUCUAACUAUUUCAUAUACUUCAUUGUAAAUAUUUCUGAGAAACACGUUUCUUAUCUACAAAACCCAAUUCCAUUGAAGUUGGGAAAUUGUGAUAGACGUAAUCAUUAACUUUAGAAUUUGAUGGCAGCAACAAAUGACAAAGAAGUUGGGAAAGGUGGCAAAAAAAUACUGAGAAAUCUGAGCAAUGCUCAUCAAACACCUAUUUGGAACAUCUCACAGGUGAGCAGGCUGAUUGGGAACAGGUUGGUGUCAUGAUUGGGUAUAAAAGCAGCUUCCCCAAAAAAUCUCAGUCAUUCACAAGGAUGGGGCGAGGUUCACCACUUUGUGAACAACUGUUUGAGCAAAUAAUCGUACAAUUUAAGAACAACGGUUCUCAAAGUACAAUUCCAAGGAAUUUAGGGAUUUCAACAUCUACGGUCCAUAAUAUCAAAAGGUUCAGAGAAUCUGGAGAAAUCACUGCACAUAAGCGGCACGGCCAGAAACCAACAUUAAAUGCCUGUGACCUUUGAUCCCUCAGGCGACACUGUAUCAAAAACUGACAUCAAUGUGUAAAGGAUAUCACCACAUGGGCUUAGGAACACUUCAGAAAACCACUGUCAGUAAAUACAGUUCAUCACUACAUCUGUAAGUACAAGUUAAAACUCUACUAUGCAAAGCGAAAGCCAUUUAUCAACAACAUCCAGAAACGCCGCCAGUUUCUCUGGGCCCGAGCUCAUCUAAGAUGGACUGAUGCAAAGUGGAAAAGUGUUCUGUGGUCUGACGAGUCCACAUUUCAAAUUGUUUUUGGAAAUAGUGGACGUCGUGUCCUCCGGGCCAAAGAGGAAAAGAACCAUCCGGACUGUUAUCGACACAAAGUUCAAAAGCCAGCAUCUGUGAUGGUAUAGGGGUGCAUUAGUGCCCAAGGCAUGGGUAACUUAUACAUCUGUGAAGGCAACAUUAAUGCUGAAAGGUACAUACAGGUUUUGGAGCAACAUAUGCUGCCAUCCAAGCAACGUCUUUUUCAUGGACGCCCCUGUUUAUUUCAGCAAGACAAUGCCAAGCCACAUUCUGCACGUGUUACAACAGUGUGGCUUUGUAGUAAAAGAGUGCGGGUACUCGACUGGCCUGCCUGCAGUCCAGACCUGUCUCCCAUUGAAAAUGUGUGGUGCAUUGUAAAGCGUAAAAUAUGACAACGGAAACCCCGGACUGUUGAACAACUGAAGCUGUACAUCAAGAAAGAAUGGGAAAGAAUUCCACCUUCAAAGCUUCAACAAUUAGUCUGCUCAGUUCCCAAACGUUUAUUGAGUGUUGUUAAAAGGAAAGGUGAUGUAACACAGUGGUAAACAUGCCCCUGUCCAAAAUACUUUGGCACAUGUUGCAGCCAUGAAAUUUUAAAGUUAGUUAUUAUUUGCAAAAAAAAAUAAACUUUAUGAGUUUGAACAUUAAAUAUCUUGUCUUUGUAGUGUAUUCAAUUGAAUAUAGGUUGAAAAGGAUUUGCAAAUCAUUUCAUUCUGUUUUUAUUUACGUUUAUCACAAUUUCCGAACUUCAGUAGAAUUGGGUUUUGUAUGUUUGUGGGGUCCAACAUUUAUUUUGUUUUGGUGCCGUCACCUUUCUUCUAACUUAGGAUGCAGGAUAUUAUCAGCAUUGUAUUGGUAUCAGUUGAUUGCUUAUGAUGUUAAUAAUAGAAACAGCAGAUAUGGAUAUUUCUGUCAGUAUAAUGAUUGCUAAUAUAAUAAUAACACAACAAAGUACUGAAUGUGUGCACUGUCAACUUAUGUUUGCCACCAUGUAUGUCCGGAAUAGAGUCCUAUAGGCCAUUGGUUCUCAAGUCCAGUCCUCGAGGCCCACUGUCCUGCAUGUUUUGGAUGUUUCCCUGCUCCAACACACCUGAUUCAAAUGAUCAGCUCGUUAUCAAGCUCUGUAAUGGCUUAAUAACGAGCUGAUCAUUUGAAUCAGGUGUGUUAGAGCAGGGAAACAUAUAAAACAUGCAGGACAGUGGGCCUCGAGGACUGGACUUGAGAACCACUGCUGUAGGCGACUUAGUGGAAGUAUUUUAAAGUGUUGUAAAGAAGACAGCAGACACUGACUGGACAUCCUCAGAUGAGAUAAUACUGUAGAGAAGCUUGUAUUCAUCCCAUGAUGGGGAAAUUUACUGACUUUCAGCAGCAAAGGGUUAGCAUAGCAAACAUAGAAGAAUAAGUGAUUAAGUACAUUCAUCAUCCACACAGUGCACAAAUAAUUAUAAAAAAGUUAACUGAGACCUAUACAGAAAAUGAGAGAAAAAAAUGUCAGCCAAAACAACAACAACAAAAAACGAAAAAACAGUUCUACACAGCGAACAAAAACAAUUUAUUUGAAGAAGGACAAAAAUCCAUCAAUAUUUUCAGCAUUUUUUAUGUCUGUUUUUAAACCAAACAGACUGACACAAUAUGACAGACUGGUUAUUCUAUAACAAGGGAGACUUGGUGUUCUUUUACUUCAAAAAAAAAAAAAAGAAAAAAAAAGGUAUUUAUAUUUGUAUCAGCGUGAGUUUGAUUAUCUGGGCCUCUUGAACAUUCUCAAAAAUAUGUGUGUGUGUGUGUGUGUGUGUGUGCAUUUGUAGAAUGCCAUCGCUGUCAGAGGACCUGCAGGAGGUGCGGAGUCGGGCGGAGGUCUGCCUGUACUCUGGUGGGAGGGUGGUGGAGGUGCGAGCCGGGGUGAUGGCUAUGGCCAACCUGUCUUUACCACCGUGCUCCAAAUACCGCCACAUUACUGCUGAGACCAUGGUGACAGAGAACAGCUUUGGCAGUAAUAGGAAGGAGGUGAGAGAGCAAGUGCUUAUAUGACUCCCUCUAAAAUGAUAUUUGAUACAGAGAUGAAUGUGUGAUGAUGACAUUGGAUUUUUUUUAACAAAGGGAGCAGGAAGAGUAAGUCAAACACAUAAAUGAUAGGUCUUUACAGUUUAAUCCAGGCGUCUCUGUCCUGACAGCGUUGAAGACAGCUAAAUAGCUGAUGAUGAUGAUGCUGCUUUUUUAUUAGUGACAGAUCCUUUUGAGAAUGAUCAUUGCUGGAAUCACAUCUGCCAUCAUCACCUGGUUUGGCAGCCUUUCCCUGGCAGGCUUAAAAAAAGAUAGGCUGCAUUGUUGAGGUCAUAGGCUGUAGAUUGGGUGACUUGCCUCAGUUUUUCCUGGAAAGAGUAAAAUCCAAAGCUAAAGAUGUCAUUCAGUGUCUAGAGCAUCCUUUGUAGACUGAGAUUGAGCUCCUACCUUCUAACAAGAGAUAAAGACUCCCAAAGAACUUUUUUAUAACACCACCUAUCACACAGCUAAAUCUAGAAAAGUGAUCCAGUAUGAAUUAUUCUGCUGCACUCAGAUACCUUACCCUGAAAAUAAAAUACAUGUCAAGAUAAAAAUGAAUUUAAUGUCUUCAUGUCAGAUUGAAUUUGUCGUCGUUAACUUUGGCCCAUAUUUUCUGCCGUCCCUUUUUGUUCAGACCCUUGCAUCUCUCCAGCAAUUGUCCACUGCUCUGAACAUCCUGGAAAAGUACGGCUGCAAUUUGACAAAUCCCAACAGGCCGAAGUACUGGAGGACGGUAAAACACAACAACCCAGUGUUCAGGGCCACCGUAGAUGCCAUACAGGUAACUCUGACUCCACAGAUUGCACUUGAGUUUUAUAACUUUUCUUUGAAUUAGGGCCCGACCGAUAUCAAUUUUCUGGGGCCGAUGCCGAUUAUGGGGGGGGGGGGGGUUCCGAUUACCCAUUAAUCGGCCAAUUUUUAAAUUUUUUUUAUAUAUACUGUAGAUAUCUACAGUAUACUACAAAGUGUAGAUAUACUGUAGGCUACUGCUCAUCACGCCGACAGGAAGACUGACUGAUCAAACUCGGACCAGAAAAGCGUUUUCAACUACACCACCCACCCACCCCCCACCCACUCACGUUACACAUUUCCGGUCCGGGCUCAUCUGGAGACAUGCAGCUGCUUCAGUAAGAGAAGUAGCUCGAUCACAUAAUGUGUACUGUUGUUUAUUCUACCGUUACUGGCACAGCUAACAGUGUAGCAAGGCUAAUAGCAGGUGGCUAACUCUAACUUUAGCUUGCAUAUUACAUGGUGCUUCACCGUUAACUCGGUGUGACUGAGACCAGCACAGCGAGGAACAUCGUGAAGUGGGUUUAACUGAAACUUGUUGACUUAUUGUGUAUUUCACAAACUGGUUUAUUUACCGUUGAGGUGGACCACUCUCCUCCGUGCGUCCCUGAGCUGCCUGCUUCAGAUCCGUCACUCUGCUGUGCUGUGAGGUAGUUAAUGGAUGAAAAUUGUCAUGAGGUCGCUGUGCCAUCUACAGGAUAAGUUGGGAGCUUUUCAAAUGGCGGAACAUUUUCGAAGUGAAACCUAAUCUUAUUCUUCGCAUUUUAUUCGUGAAAAUAUUGGCAAAAAUCGGCUAGUUCUGUCUGUUUACUGAUUAGUCUCAAACGGGCUAAAAUUGGCCGAUUUAAUCGGCUUACUGAUAAAUCGGUCUGGCCCUACUUUGUUCCUACUUCCUUUGUCCUUACUUCCUGAAAUAAAAGAAAUCAACAAAAUAUAAAUGCUAGAAAUUAUGACUUGACCCCAUCAGAUAUCGGCAUGAUCUUCAUGUUUCAAACUUUAAUAAUAAUAACUAAAAACCUUAAAACAGUCACAGUCUAGUCCUGAGACUGUUGCAUCUCUAUUCUCUCUUCUCUUAUUUUAAACAUACCUGUGCUGCUGCAGUUCUGUCCCCUUUACUUUAAAUCCUGAGGUAUCACUAUUGACUUUCAAGGAUAUUACAGCAUGUAUCAUACCCUUUUUUGCUAUUUUUGCACAGGGAGGACGAGCAGUGCUUUGUCUCUAUGGUUACUCCAAUCAGCAAGCAGACGGCCUCAGCUUCCCUGAUGAUGUCACAGACCCGGAUGUGGGCAAAGUUGCUGCCGUAACGCUGGAAGUGAUGAGCCUGAGGAUGGAACUAGAAAUGCUUAUCAAGGUGAGUGUGUGUCUGUGCGUGUACAUGCGCGUGUUUGUGUGUGUUGUGAUUACUGCAGGUUAUUUGCCCACUAUUUUCCUUUUUUUGUUGGAGAAACAAGUUUUCAGCAGAAACUUUCAGCAAUAGUAUGAGAAUUCUUACAACAAACCGUAAUUCCAGAGGAAUUUGGAUGUUGUGUGAAACAUGAAUAAACACAGAAUACCAUGAUUUGUAAAUCCUUUCCCAUAUUUGAUUGAAAACACCGGGAAGACAAGAUAUUUAAUGUCCAAACUGAUGAACUUGAUUUUUUAUUGUUGUUGUUUUAAUAGAUAUUCACUCAUUUUGAAUUUGAUGCUGCAGCACAUUCCUAAAACGUCAGUUCAGGGUCAACAAAAGUCUGGGAAAACUGAGGUCUACUCCAAAAACACCUGUUUGGAUCCUUUCACAGGCGAACAGGUUCACUGGAAACAGUUGAGGGUCAUAAUUGGGUACAAAAGGAGCAUCCCUGAAAGGCUCAGUCCUUCACAAGCAAUGGUGGAGCCAGGUUCACCAACAACCGCGUGAGCAAAUAGUCAAACAGUUUGGGAAUGUUUCUCAACAUACAAUUGCACAGAUGUAACUAACUGUGACAUCUUUGAAGGCUUCAUUUAUGCUGAAAGGUACAUACAGGUUUAGGAGCAACAUCUGCUGCCAACAACGCCCGGUCUUUUUCAGGGACGUUCCUGAUUAUUUAUUGCAAGACAAUGCCGAGACAUAUACCAAAUUUUUGUAAUGACAUCCAGGGAAAUCAAGGGAGUAGGGGGAUGCUAAGCCAAAUUCUUCAGGCCUUCUAUUUCAUGGCCUUCAACUUCAUAGCAGCGCACCGCACACCCCUCGUAAAAACUGUUGUUCAGGACUGCGGGCAACAUGCUUACUCACGCUUCCUACCUACUCGCCUACUAGUCUACACACAACAUUUUUGUUCUCAUUCAUGAAAGGCUUAAAUCAAGGACAUUUCCGGGGACAGUUUUAGCUGGGGACAGGUCAUACAAUUCGGCGACUGUCCCCAGAAUUCAGGAACGUCUGGUCACCUCAUCCAUCAAGCAAGACUAAGAAAGACAGUAAGUGUCCUCAGUUCACCAAGGCUUACUGAGAGUUGUUAAAGGAAAAGUGAUGUAACACAGCCGUAAACAUGACCCUGAACCAGCAUUUUGGGAACAUGCUGCAGCAUUAAAUUCAACAUGAAUGAAUACAAUAAAGUUUAUCAGUUUGAAAAUAAAUUUACUUGUCUUUUUACUGUCUUCAUUUAAAAAUAUAUGUGGAAAUGGAUUUUUAUUUACAUUCUACCCGACGCCCCAACUUUACUGGAGUUGGGUUUUGUAGCUGUGCAUCAUUUGGGCACAAGCACAAUUCUUACUAUGUUAGAUUUAAAUUUGCUGUUGGACUUAAAAUACUUUUUAAAAAGUGUGUACAAAUUAUCUGUGGACUAAUGGGGUAGGAUUAGGAAGGUGACUUAAAAGGCAUCUUUUCAGGGUGGUAGAGGCUGUGAACAGUAAAUCUAUUUUUCUAUAGUAAAUUUAGGUAUGGUUGUUUCUUUAAGUAACAUAUGAACUCACUUUUAUGUAAAGGAGAGCCAAAUCCGAAUAUGAAGCACUUCUUAAAAUGUUAGUCACUGAGACCUAGAGCUCUCUCUGUGAGCAAAAGUACAAAACAACAGCAAGAAAAAACUGUCCUUUACUGGGCAGAAAUCAUUAGCAUAACCAGGAGGGUAGCUAUCUUCUAAGAAAUAAGUAAAGAACAAUUUAGUACUCGUGAUAAAUAACAAACCUUUCCACACUGUGUUGGAUUGAAUCAGUGUGAAGUCUGUUUGGGUUUAUUUAUGUUGUUGCAGGUGGUUGGUUUGACCACACAGCCAGUUUAAAUUUUUGCCAGUUAGCAGCAGACAGUGUUUAUGCACUGCAAUAAAAGAUGUCGCCUUUUAUAGAGGCUGACUUUCUGGCAGAAGCAGCAGAAGCCCUGGAUCCUAGGUUUUCUUUUAUUUUAUUUUUUACGUGUUUUUUGGGCGAUUUUGCCUUUUAUUCAUAGGAUAGGGUGAAAUGUGGGGAGAUAGAGAUAGAGAGAGAGAGAGAGGGGGGAGGACAUGCAGCACAUGGCCAGACUACAUAAUUUCUGCAGAACUGUUCAGCUCACCUACUGAAUAUGAAGUGCUGACAGUAAUCUGUGGUUUGUUUUGAUCCCAGGAGGCCCAUCCACACCCUGAAUUCUAUGAGAGAAUCAUACCGACACUGAGACAUAAGGUACGGUCCACCAUCCACACCACAGUCAUAUCUGUGAGCUCUUCAGUUUCAUACAAAAAUAUAAAAGCAACACUUUUGUUUUUGCUCCCAUUUUUCAUGAGCUGAACUUAAAGAUCUAACACUUUUCCUUUGUCCACAAAAGACCUAUUUCUCUCAAAUAUUGUUGACAAAUUUGUCUAAAUCUAUGUUAGUGACACUUCUCCUUUGCUGAGAUAAUCCAUCCACCUCACAGGUGUGGCAUAUCAAGAUGCUGAUUUGACAGUUUGCCCUAGACGGCCACAAUAAAAGGACACUGUAAAAGUUGUAGUUCUAUCACGCAGCACAAUGCGACGGAUGUCACAAGUUUUGAGGGAGCACGUUUUUUGUCCUCCAGAGCUGUUGCCCUUGAAUUGAAUGUUCAUUUCUCCUCCAUAAGCUGUCUCCAAAGGCAUUUCAGAGAAUUUGGCAGUCCAUCUAACCGGCCUCACAACCGCAUACCACAUGUAACCACACCAGUUCAGCACCUCCACAUCCAGCAUCUUCACCUCCAAGAUCGUCCAAGACCACCUGGACAGCUGCUGCAACAAUUGGUUUGCAUGACCAAACAAUUUCUGUCAGAAACUGUCUCAGGGAAGCUCAUCUGCAUGCUCGUCGUCCUCAUUGGGGUCUUGACCUGACUGCAGUUUGUCGUCAUAACCAACUUGAGUGGGCAAAGGCUCACAUUCGAUGGCGAUUCGAUUUUCUCUUAACAGAUGAAUCUCGGUUUUCACUGUACAGGGCAGAUGGCAGACAGCGUGUCUAGCGUCGUGUGGGUGUGCGGUUUGCUAAUGUCAAUGUUGUGAAUCGAGUGGCCCAUGGUGGCAGAGGGGUUAUGCUCUGAGCAGGCAUAGGUUAUGGACUACGAACACAGUUGCAUUUUAUUGAUGGCAUUUUGAAUGCACAGAGAUACCGUGACGAGAUCCUGGGGCCCAUUGUUGUGCCAUUUAUCUGUGACCAUCACCUAAUGUUGCAGCAUGAUAAUGCACGGCCCCAUGUUGCAAGGAUCUGUACACAACUCCUUGAGGCUGAAAACAUCCCAGUUCUUGCAUGGCCAGCAUGUUUGGGAUGCUCUGGAUCGGUGUAUGUGACAGCGUAUUCCAGGGCCCGACCGAUAUGGAUUUUUUGGGGCUGAUGCCAAUACCGAUUAUUAGGGGGAAAAAAAUCUAAGUACAGAUUAAUCGGCCGAUUUUUAAAAAAGUUUUAUGAAAUUAUAAAAAAUAUAUAUAUAUAUAUAUACUGUAGGUCACUGCUCUCAAGGCUAAUAGCUAAUAACUCUAACUUUAGCUUGCAUAUUACAUGGUGCUUCACCAUUAACUCGAUGUGACCGAGACCAGCACAGUGGGGAACAUCGUGAAGUGGGUUGGAGUGAAACUUGUUGACUUAUUGUGUAUUUCACAAACUGGUUUAUUUACCGUUGAGGUGGACCACUCUCCUCCGUGCGUCCCUGAGCUGCCUGCUUCAGAUCCGUCACUCUGCUGUGCUGUGAGGUAGUUAGUGGAUGAAGAUUGUCAUGAGGUUGCUGCGCCAUCUACAGGAUAAGUCGGGGAACUUUUCAAAUGGCGGAACCUUUUCGAAGUGAAACAGGAUCUUACUCUCUGCAUUUGAUUUCUGAAAAUAUCGGCAAAAAUUGGUGAAUUUUGGCCGAUUGCCGAAUAGUCUCAAACGGGCUGAAAUCGGUCAGGCCUUAGCGUGUUCGUUCCUGCCGAUAUCCAGCAACUCCGCACAGCAAUUGAAGAGAAGUGGAACAACAUUCCACAGGGCACAAUCAACAACGUGAUCAACUCUAUGUGAAGGAGAUGUGUUGCACUGCGUGAAGCAAAUGGUGGUCACACCAGACUUUUCGUGUACAUAGAAAAAAUCUUAGAUCUCAGAGUUCAGCUCAUGAAAAAUGGGAGCAAAAACAAAAGUGUUGCUUUGAUAUUUUUCACUGUAUUUAACUUAAAGAGUGCACCAUCAAACUCUUAGAUGAAGUCAAUAAUUAUUAAAUCACAAAGAGGAAGAACUCAGAUGUGCUUCAACUUGGAGCUAUUUAUUUGCUAUCCUCCCACAGGUGUGAACAGAGAACAUAGAAUAUCACAUUUCUAACAUGCCAAAGGUUCUUUGAAUUUCGUAUCAGAUGCUCCUCUAAAACUUUGUUGGAUUUAAUUAUUUCUUCUUUUCAAACUCUACAUGAAAAGAUCUCUCUGAAAGCAAUGUCAGUGUAAGUGGUUCAUAGAGAAAUUCUGAGUGCUUUUUUCAAGCAAAAAAUGUGUUAAAAAAUUUACUUUGGUGAAAAUCAGUACUUUGGAGGUUGAGUUAAACAAUCCCAGGGACUAACUUUAACUUUCAAACUUUAUUUGAAAUCAUCAAAGUGCAAGUAGAACUGUAAUAGAUCAUCCCUCUGUCACUUUGUUACUUUGGCUUAAAUCCUACAGAGUCCUACAAGGUCCUUACACACCGAGGCCGACACAAAUAUAGAACGCAAAAUUCUGAAAUAUUUGACUAUACGCAUCAAGCUCGACGUGACUGUGUGACUUUCCGGGGAGAAAAAAGACGCGUCCCGGGUGGAAGCGAGAAGACUGCUACAACAGCAGACUGACUGUUUUUCAGUUCUGAUUAGACACUAGUGUUGAGAUGUCUGUCUGUCAUGAUAGCAUGUACUGAGUCAGGGCCAGUACCAGAUAAGCACAUUAAACUAUAAUCCAUAAACGUAAGGUAACAACCGAGACCUAAUGGUGCUGUGACAGCAACGUGAUUGAGUUUGAGACAGUGAAAAUACAUAUGGUAUGUUGUAUCUGAACAGGUUAGCUUACAAGCUAAAGAUACUUAGCACAGAUAAAAGUUAAAACAAAGACGUUUAGCAAACUGUUAAAGCACACAAACCAUCGUCAUUUGAGAAAUCCAAUGCUAUGACUCUCCACAAGUUGUCCUUCAGGUUGUUAUCUCUGUAAUAUUUUUUUAUCCCAUUUUUUUCAUGUUGGAUAUACCGGUGAAUUAGACGUCACAACAACACGGAAUCAGAUUGGUCAGAAGUGGAAACACAGUAUGCAAAACUUCGAGCAUGAUCCGAAAAAAGGACGGGAAAACGUCUCUGACGUGUACGCUUGUAUUGACAGGAUACGGGUUAGAAAAAAAAUAUUGACAUCCGGAGUAAUAGCACGUAAAAAACGGUGAAAGGACCUUAAAACUGGCUAAAUGAGUCACCACAGUGUCAGACAUUUUAUGUACACUAAAGCUUGACUUUGCUAAAAAGUAAGCUGAAUGUUGUUAGCUAAUAUUCAACAGUGAAAGUAAUGUUAUAAACCACAUGACUGUCGACUUAACUUUGGAUUACAAUCAUGCUUCUCGAAAGGAUUGAAAUUAGUUUGCAUAGUCCACUGUUUGGACUAUCACUACGGUAGCUAUCACCCCAUCCCUACCUCAGCUCAUUUAGCAAAACUUUUAGAUAAGCACUCACUCUUAAAACGAACCGAUAAUGAUAAAGGUUACUUCAUCCUUGAUUUUUUAUCCUGUUACUAUGGAUGAAGUUCCACCCAUCAAACCGUUUCUUAUUUUGAAUUUUUUCACAUGAGUAAAGUAACCUAAGGUAGCGCUGCUCUCUCCUCUCUCUUUUAAGGAUGUGGGUCUUAACACUGAUGCUGUGGUCUACCAGUCCUCCCCCUCCUCAUGCCAUUCAAAAGGUCAGACCAAGUCUUUGGCCUUCCCCCUCCAACACCACUCCUCCAGGAAGAGCAGCCACGGACGCUCCCUGUCUUCCAACCAUCAGAGUCCCAAGUCCAUCCAAGUCUUUUCCACCUCUUCAAACAAACACCCAGGUGAGAAGAGAAGCUGCUGUCUACAGCUCUCAACGCACGCUGAUAUAUCCUGAUAUGGUGUGGAGGGCAGGGUGAUACAGAGCAAAACAACGAGGAAGAGCCAGACCUUAAAACAGUCAGUAAAGAGCCCUGAAACAUCCGUUGGUUUUAAAGACAGUCACUAAAGGGCCCUAAAAAAACUCUUUGUGAGUCUGUGAAGAGCUAAAAUGACAAAUAUCUGACAUAGGUGUUAAGCACAAAAUAUUGAGCACAACUGUCGUAAAACAGUCAUACAGUUGAAUUUUGCAGAUCAAUAGAAUAGAAAUUUUUCAUGAUCAGUUAUUUCUCCUAUUUUUAUUCAUAUUAGUUAUUCUCCUCCCUAGUUCAUGAAAGGUAAAGUCAUUGAGAGGAGUUUGUCCAAAAGCAGAAAAUAUUUAUUUUUGCCCUGGUCUGGCUACUGUCAUGUACGUUUAACAAUAAUGUGCACUCAGAUAAGAAAGUGCAGCAUCAGUUAUAUUUUUCACAGAAACUUUAAAACUUGUGAUUAGAUAAUUGACAGAGUUCCUGAGAAGUGGUCAUGUACCAUAGACUGUAUAUAAAAUGGAUGCCGUCUGCCUCCUUGCUGGGUGAAGCCACUCAGAGAACAGCACCCUCUGUUGACAGGCUGCAGUAUAGGUCAUAAAUCCCGCCUCCUCCAGCAAUCCCUAUGAAGCUGUGGACAAACUCUAGAAAUUUAUUACACAGAACAUACAUUUUUCUCCCUGCUUGCAGUGUUGACAUGUGACAGCGUCAUCACAGCGUCAUCACAGCGACUCUCAGCGACUCUCCCGCCGAAUGCAUACAAUGCUACUUUGCAAGUGGUGGAGUGCGUACAACGCUACUGCGUAAUGUUGGUUUCAAGAAGUGGAGAAAAAACGUGGAAUUACAGAGCUUUUUGGCUUCAAAUCCGUAUACUGGUGGAAGGCGGAACCAGGUUGUCCAUAGUAUAUAAAGUCUAUGUCAUGUACAAGCUCAUCUGACCUUUGCAAAGACCUACCUAGAAAAAGAUGAAAGCUUCUAGUCAUCUGUUCUGUGGUCAGAUGAAACCAAAAUUCAGCUUUUUGGGCACAGGGAUGUGGCUUUUAUCUGGGGAAAGAACAGUGAGGCCUACAAGCCAAAGAGCACAGUCCCUACUGUGAAAUAUGUAACUGAAAAAAUUAAGAAAUUUCUUGUAUAUGACAGAGGUAUGAAUUAUUUUGGGCUUAAGUAUAAGUUGAAUGCAGAGCUCUUAAUUAGACAAUGAGUAUAAAUGCAAAUGAUCAUUAAUUUCAUGUUGACAGAUUUUACCCGUAAACUGGGUUUUAUGGGUCAAAGCAGGGUCCAAAACAAUGUGCAGAAUGUUCUUCAUGUAAAGGUAUUGUUUAAAUUUGAGCGACCGGGCAGACUGGUGAGGAGGGCCGGCUCUGUUGUGAGGUGUGUUCACAUGUGUGCAGAGAGAGUGGGGGGUAUUCGUGUAGCUCUUUUAGUAUGACUUCCAGUUUUAAAAGCUAUUCCUUAUUAAUUUCGUCCUUCAUAUUUAAAAGAAACCAGUGUGUGUCAUUAUCUAAAACUUGUACAGAGAUAAGGUUUCUGUUCCACUGAUCGUCUGCAGGAAAUCCCUGUGGUUACACUGACCGUACACGCAGACAGACUCAUUUUAGUGCUAUCAGCCCUGACUCUGCAGUCCGACCUCAAGCAUGGUGGCAGUUUGGUGCUUAAACAAAAUUAUUCUUUAUUCUUUUCUUUCCAUGAAGUAGACUUGACAAACAUGCUCAGGGAAUAUUGGAUCAAAAAACCAAACUCCCCCAGGUGCCCCCUCUUCACCCCCAACUCUCUCUCAGUUUAGUUUGUUUUGUCUCUGACAGCCACAUUUGCAAUAAUGUAGAUGAUACUCUUUGGUGAUUGAAGAGUUGAGGAACAGAUGUCAAUUACUGUCCUGCUAUUCUUGUUUUAAAACACCAACAUUUAAAGAUCAGAGCAUGUUGGUUUCUCAAAGGCCAUUCUCAGCCCUUUCAUGUUUUUGAAAAUAUUGUGACCUUGUUUGACUCCACGUGCUCUUUCUGUGUUCCAGAGAACUGCACGAUCUGUGAAAUUUUCCGGAUAUCCACCCACUGCCUCACCUGCCUUCAGGGCCUCUGCUCCGAGUGCGACAGACUGUACCACUCCUACCCUGAGAGGGCCAACCACCGUCGAAUGGCUGUCACAUCAUCAUCAUCAUCUUCCCAAAAUAGGAGCAGUCAAAGGUCAGGAUGAGCAGAUUCAUCUACAAAACCCAAUUCCAUUUAAGUUUGGAAAUUGUGAUAAACGUAAAUAAAAACAGAAUACAAUGAUUUGCAAAUCCUUUUCAACCUAUAUUCAAUUAAAUACACUACAAAAACAAGAUAUUUAAUUUUCAAACUCAUAAACUUUAUUUUUUUUGCAAAUAAUAAUUAACUCAGAAUUUCAUGGCUGCAACUCGUGCCAAAGUAGUUGGGACAGGGGCAUGUUUACCACUGUGUUACAUCACCUUUCCUUUUAACAACACUCAAUAAACGUUUGUGAACUGAGGAGACUAAUUGUUGAAGCUUUGAAGGUGGAAUUCUUUCCCAUUCUCUCUUGAUGUACAGCUUCAGUUGUUCAACAGUCCGGGGUCUCCGUUGUCGUAUUUUACACUUUAUAAUGCACCACACAUUUUCAAUGGGAGACAGGUCUGGACUGCAGGCAGGCCAGUCGAGUACCCGCACUCUUUUACUACGAAGCCACACUGUUGUAACACGUGCAGAAUGUGGCUUGGCAUUGUCUUGCUGAAAUAAGCAGGGGCUUCCAUGAAAAAGACGUUGCUUGGAUGGCAGCAUAUGUUGCUCCAAAACCUGUAUGUACCUUUCAGCAUUAAUGUUGCCUUGGGCACUAAUGCACCCCCAUACCAUCACAGAUGCUGGCUUUUGAACUUUGCGUCGAUUACAGUCCGGAUGGUUCUUUUCCUCUUUGGCCCGGAGGACACGACGUCCACUGUUUCCAAAAACAAUUUGAAAUGUGGACUCGUCAGACCACAGAACACUUUUCCACUUUGCAUCAGUCCAUCUUAGAUGAGCUCGGGUCCAGAGAAGCCAGCGGCGUUUCUUGAUGUUGUUGAUAAAUGGCUUUUGCUUUUCAUAGUAGAGUUUUAACUUGUACUUACAGAUGUAGCGACGAACUGUAUUUACUGACAGUGGUUUUACGCGUGCGCCCCCCUAAUAAUCGGUAUUGGCAUCUGGCCCAAAAAAUCCAUAUCGGUCGGGCCCUAAUAGCAUCAAAGCUUAUACCUAGUAUCUUAAAGAUAGGAACCCCACAGGCCCUUGAUGGCUGUUCAGUGGCACGGCCAAAGGUUGGAAUUUGAUGGAAAAUGCUGGGAAACAGAUGAACUGAUGAAAGCAGUGUGUGUUAUCAGUGCUGUUAAAAGUAAAACUGUUAAGCUAAGUUUCUGUGAGUUUACCAUCUCACAAGUUUCUUUAACAUCUCUUUGAACUAUGUUCAUAUAACAGCCUGUCUCUCCUCUCUUGCCGUAGUUCCUCCACCUGGCGCUGCCCUCACUGUACCAAAGUUAACUCUGUGCAGGACGUGCUGUGUGAAGAGUGUGAGCUCCCCCGCAUGGAAUCCGUCUCUUCUAAAGUGGAUGAAUUUCAGCCCGCCACCAUCACUGGUCUGUAUUUUUUUUUUACCUAAUAGCACCUAAUGGCAGCAUUUUUCGUUGGUGUUAGAGAAGAAGUUAUUGUUUAGGUCUAUAUUAUGCUCCAAGUACAGUAGAUUAUGGUCAUUGUAUUGAAAUGUUCUCAGUUCCAGUUCUUCAUGAUAAGCGUUCCAUUGAACUACAUCCCUGUUGUCUCCAGCUGUAAUGAAUGAGUUUGUCAGACUGUGUCAUGGUGGUGUGUUGUGUGUGAGUCAUCAUACCUUACAGUCCAGAUUGUGAUGAUCAUUUGAACUUGUCCAGUUCCACAGCUUGACUACAGCUUUGGCUGACUCUGGCGUCCUGUUCAGUUUAAUGAAUAUUUUACAGUUUGAUGUCCUUGUGUGUUGAAUUUUUCCCUGUUUUUUCAUGAGGCAAGCUUUUCUGGUGAUAUCGGCCAUGAUAUACUCAUGAUGAUGUGAACAGGAAGACCCAACCUUACAUGUUGGUGCACACACCAUAACAGCGCUAUGGAGUUAAGGGGAUAUUUUCAGUCAGGAUCACUUUAGUCAAAAUUAAUUAUUUAUUACAAGCAAACAUUUUCACAUUUGCGGAAUGGCUCUGUUCUAAGGGUUCCCUGUCCUUCCAUGCGCUUGCAUGGAAUGCUACGGCUAUAAGAGUGAAGCGCUCCUCCGCUCCUUUUCAUGUGCAUACAUAAAAGCCAAGGCAGAGAAAGCAGCAGCAAAUAAAUACGAUUAAGAUAAAUGAAUAAAAAUCUCCCUACAGAACAGAGCAAGCAUCAGUGACAAUACAUAUGACACUGGUUAGAUCAGACACAACAUAAACAGGGUGGAGGUGGGUUGCAGAGUGGUUGCAUUAGGCAGAGUAGGCAGGAGAAGCAGUUUAAAUAGGGCGCCAUUCUGAUAUUAGCCAAUAGGAUGUAAAGAGGGUGAUCACCUGAGCUGUCAGCUGACUAAGGACUGGCUUAAGAUCAAGUGACUGUAGCCUUUAGCUUGACUCCGUGACCUGCCUGAACUACUGCUAUGCCUCAUUUUAAAACAACUGCUUUGAAGAUGUCAAUGUUAGGUGUCAUUUUUUAAAUCAUGUAACUCAUAAAACUGCAGUUUCCUAAAGAACAAACAAAACUAGGAGAAAGUUGUGAACAUGGAUCAACAUUUCAUUCAGUUAGAGGUACCUUGUGUGGAAAUAAGAAUAUAUAGCCAAAUCCAGCAAUCAAAUUCUAGAUUAAAAUUCUCCCUUGCUCACCCCUACCAUCUUUAAAAGGAUGGCUGUCUGUGAGGACAAGAAGCUCCUCUGAUAUAUGACAAGAGUGAUCCCCUUUGGUGAAGUUUUUACCAUCAGAAACCAUUUUUAUUGACACUCUGCAACUGUCUACUUCUUCUUCUGCGUCCUCCAGCUGGUGCUUUAUGAAAUAUCAUUGGCUAAAUACUGAAAUAAAUGUUACUAGUUUUUACGCUUGUGCUUCAGCAGGAUGGAAAGGGACCCAAUCCCAGUGUAGUUAUAAAAAGCCCAUUUGAAGUGGUCAGAAUCAAAAUGCACUUGUUCAAACAGACUUUUGAAUAUUUUAUUUGGUUUUUUACAAAUUCUUUUAUAGAAAAUUCUGCUAAAUAAUACACAAGACUACACACUGCACCAUCAAGAAAAGAUGACAGUGAUUGUGAUUAUCAAAAGGAAUAGUCGUACUUUUAUGAAGUUUGCAAAGUUGAGGUGAUGAGCAUGACAAAAAGAGAGAAAGAGAUCUCUGAGGAUUAUCCAGCUCAGAAGAUGUGAUCCAGAGACAUUAAAGAGAGGCUUCAAAUGAGAGACAAGCAACUAUUUAUCCAUGCAAUAACUCUCAUUCAAAAAUCAGACACAAAAAAAAAAAAAAAUCGCAGACAUCUCUGUAUCUGUGAUAAGCAUCAGCAGAGUUAAUCUCAAACAUCAGUGUACAUCGGUUUAUUUCCACUUUGGGAAUCUGUUCCUCUCAGAGUGGCAGUGUAAGAGCUGUACCAUGGUGAACGCAGCCAGCAGCGUCCUCUGUGAGGUGUGUGAAAGACCUCGCCUGGCCACCAAACCUCCAGUGACCCCAUCUCACCCUCCCAUUCUCCCACCAAGACCACCAGCACCGGUUCUGGGCAUGCCUGGUGACCCUGACAGCCAGGUCAGUUCCUUUUUGCCACUCCAGCAGAUCUAAUCUACAGAAGUUUGGGCUGGACUCCGCUCUGUUUUUUCACUUAAAACUCUGUUUCUUUAAGGUUUAGUGUUUGUGUGUGUGUGUUUUUUAUGCAUUUAUUCAUCCAAUAAUACAAAGUUACAUAUCAUUUACCCGUAACCUAUCUCAGUCACAUUAAAGAGGAAUCAAAACAGUCUGGAGAGAUUUUAGUUUCAGCAGAUUAUUUUAUGAUUCUCUAUCUGUCUGAGAAACGUGGGCAGCAGGAACAUCUGACUUUAGGCCAACCUGGCAUUGGUAUGACUUAAGCAAAUUUAUGUGAUGAUCAUAUGAACACACUGAUAGUAUCUUCAGUUUCUUAUGGUUAAUUUCUCCCUCUUUCUCUCUCUCUCUCUCUCUCUCUCUCUCUCUCUCUCUCUCUCUCUCUCUCUCUCUCUCUCUCUCUCUCUCGCUAUCUGUCUGAUCAGUGGGUGUGUCAGUUUUGUACUUAUCUCAACUACUCGCCUGCAACAGUGUGCGAGAUGUGUGACCUGUCUCAUCCAGAGCCUGCACCCCUGCCUGUAAAGCUCCGCCCUCCAUCUCCUGUUCGACGUGUCCCUGCACUGUCUAUUAAGCCCAAACAGCCCGCCUCUGAGGAUCUUGACUCCUUGAGGCAACGGCUGAUGAAGGAGGAGGGACUGAAGUUGAUUCGUCUGAUAAGAGUAAGUCAUUGUGAUGACGUUCAUCUCCUUCAACUACAGUGGAUAUAAAAAGUCUACACACGCCUGUUCAACUGCCAGGUUUUUGUCAUGUAGAAAAAUUAAAUCAAGAUAAAUAAUUUCACAACUUCUUCCACCUUUAAUGUGACCUAUAACCUGUACAACACAAUUGAAAAACAAACAGAAAUCUUUCAGGGAGGUGAAGUAAAAAUAAACUGAGAUCAUGUGGUUGCAUAAGUGUGCACACCCUUUAAUAACUGGGGAUGUGGCUGUGUUCAGAUUUAACCAAUAACAUUCAAACUCAGGUUAAAUUGGAGUCAGCACACACCUGUCACCAAUUAAAGUGCCUCUGAUCAACCCCAAAUUAAGUUCAGCUGUUCUAGUUGCUUUUCCUGACAUUUUUGUAGACACAUCAAAGAUAUCAGUCAAGUGAGGCUACAAAAGAAUUUUCAAGGAAUUAAAUACACCAUGGAACACCGUAAAGACCGUCAUCAUCAAGUGGAGAAAAAAUGGCACAGCGGUAACAUUACCAAGAACAGGACGUCCGUCCAAAAUUGAUGAUAAGACAAGAAGAAAACUGGUCAGGGAGGCUACCAAGAGGCCGACAGCAACACUGAAGGAGCUGCAGGAAUUUCUGGCAAGUACUGGCUGUGUAGUACAUGAGACAACAAUCUCCUGCUGUCUUCAUAUGUCUGGGCUCUGGGGUAGGGUGGCAAGAUCCAAACCUUAUCUGACAAAGAAAAACAUCAAAGCCCGGCUUGAUUUUGCAAAAAGACAUCUGAAAUCUCCCAAACGCAUGUGGGAAAAUGUGUUAUGGUCUGAUGAAACCAAAGUUGAAUUUUUUGGGCAUCAUUGCAAAAGGUAUAUUUGGCGCAAAAUCAACACUGCUCAUCAUCAAAAGAACACCAUACCCACAGUGAAGCAUGGUGGUGGCAGCAUCAUACUUUGGGGCUGUUUUUCUUCAGCUGGAACUGGUGCCUUAGUCAGGGUGGAGGGAAUUAUGAACAGUUCCAAAUACCAGUCAGUGUUGGCACAAAACCUUCAGCCUUCUGCUAGAAAGCUGAAGAUGAAGAGGAACUUCAUCUUUCAGCACGACAAUGACCCAAAGCACACAUCUAAAUCAACAAAAGAAUGGCUUCACCGGAAUAAGAUUGAGACUUUGGAAUGGCCCAGCCAGAGUCCAGACCUGAAUCCCAUCGAACAUUUGUGGGGUGAUCUGAAGAGGGCUGUGCACAGGAGAUGCCCUCACAAUCUGUCAGAUUUGGAGUGAUUUUUGAAAAGAAGAGUGGGCAAAUAUUUCCACAUCAAGAUGUGCCACGCUGGUACACUCCUACCCAAAAAGACUGAGUGCUGUAAUAAAAGCCAAAGGUGCUGCAACAAAGUAUUAGUUUAAGGGUGUGUAUAUUUAUGCAAUCAGGUUAUUUUAACUUUUCUAUUUUAUAUUUCUCCCCUUAAAGAUUUCAGUUUGUUGUUCAAUUGCAUUGUACAGGUUAAAGGUCACAUUAAAGGUGGAAAAAGUUGUGAAAAUAUUUGUCUUGCUGUCAUUUUCUUACAUCACAAAAACCUGCCAGUUGAACAGGGGUGUGUAAACUUUUUAUAUCCACCGUAUCUCUGGGGCUCUGUAUUCCAAGGUUUCUAUCCUUCAUGCCUGUUUCAGGAUGGGGAGAAGAAAGGAGUGAGUCCUGAGGAGGUCUACACAAGCAUGAGGGUAGCAAAGGACAGCAGCCUUCCACCCUGCAAAUGGUUAAAGGCGGAACUUCCUGUGCUGUUGGAUCAGAUCAGGACUUUGGUGGCAACAUCUUCCCUUAAAUGUGAUGAUAACCUAACAGAGAGCAAUGUAAGUAUGCUUAUCUCAGAGUUUCAAGGACUGCUUCAUCCUGACAAAUCCCAACCCUGACAAUAACAGACAGAUUACGGCAAGAGCUUUAACUUCUCAACUUUUAAACAUGAAUUUUUAUUAUCUUUUAAAAAAUUGUCUCCAUUUUAUAUACAGACAUUACAAAGCUACAUUGACAUAGGUUUUAUCAAACCUGAAAAAAUAAAAUUUUAGCCACUUUUUGACCCUAAAAUCUAGCAGUUGAAUCCCAGAUACACCUUUUUAUUUUAGCCUAGCCACAGUAGUGGCCCCUUCUUUGCUGAUUUGAAGGUGUUACCCAGCUGAGGCAGAUGGUCAGGUGUUAGAUAUUCAGAGGUUUAUCACUGGAGAUAUGCUGAUGUAGAGAAAUAACUGAUUUCUUAAACAGGGAUCAACCAAGCUGUGUGGGCCUGUAGAUUCUUUCCUGAGUGCUUUGGUGCUACAAUGGUGUUUUUUUUUUGUUUUUUUAUCACACAAGUGAUCAACUAAAUAAGAAAUCCUGCUGUCAAACAAUGGAAAUAUCACAAGGCGUGAAUACCAUAGAUCAGUGGUUCUCAAGUCCAGUCCUGAAGGCCCCCUGUCCUGCAUGUUUUGGAUGUUUUCCUGCUCCAACACACCUGAUUCAAAUGAUCAGCUUGUUAUCAAGCUCUGUAAUGGCUUACUAACGAGCUGAUCAUUUGAAUCAGGUGUGUUGGAGCAGGGAAACAUCCAAAACAUGCAGGACAGUGGGCCUCGAGGACUAGACUUCAGAACCACUGUACUAACCCAUUACUAAUUAGUGUAAUUAGUGUUGAGAUGCUAGUUCAGAGCCAUUUAUUUGUAUCACACGACUCUUUAAGUGUUUUGUUGUCCCUGAUACAGUUUUUUUAUAAUAAUAAAUAAUAAUAAUAAUUCAUUUUAUUUGUACAGCGCUUUUAAAAACACUCAAAGACGCUUUACAUAGUACGUAAAAUUCAAGAUAAUAAGACAAAGACAUGAAAACAGUAAGAUGGACAAAACAGUUAAAUAUUAAAAGCAAUUUUAAAUAAGUGGGUUUUUAAAAGGGAUUUAAAAGUAGUGGAGUCAGGGCAGUGUCUGAUGGAGGGAGGUAGGGAGUUCCAAAGGGUAGGGGCAGCUGAGGAGAAUGCCCGAUCCCCCCAAGUUCGGUGCUUGGGCCGUGACAGUGGGGUGAGAAGAUGGGCAGAGGAGGAACGGAGGUUACGGGGGGGUACAUGAGGCUGGAGUAGGUCGGUGAGAUAGGAAGGGGCUUGAUGAUGAAGGGCUUUGUGGGUGAGAAGGAGGAUCUUGAACAUGAUGCGUUGCUUGAUGGGGAGCCAGUGUAGACGGAGGAGGAUGGGGGUGAUGUGAUCUCGUGAACGGGUGUGGGUAAGGAGGCGGGCGGCAGAAUUCUGGACUAUCUGUAAUUUGUUGAGGAGUUUAGAGGGUAGACCGUACAGGAGGCUGUUGCAGUAAUCUAACCUUGAGGUGAUGAAGGCGUGGACCAGGGUUUCUGCUGCGGGGAGGGAGAGAGAUGGGCGAAUACGGGCAAUGUUUUUGAGGUGAAAAAAGGCUGAUUUAGUGACCUGUUUGAUGUGUUGUUCAAAAGUGAGGUGGGUAUCAAAGAUGAGUCCAAGGUUGCGGAUGGAGGAGGAAGGAGACAGGGGUGAGUUAUCAGCUGUGAUGGAGAAGGGGGGGAUGGAUUGGGUGAUGGAUUUGGGGCCAAUGAUUAUCAUGUCGGAUUUGUCACAGUUCAGUAGAAGGUAGUUAUUGGUCAUCCAGGUCUUUAUUUCGGAGAGGCAGGUUGAGAGGGUGGAGAGGGUGGAUGGGGUGAUGGAUUCAGUGGAAAUGUAAAGUUGGACAUCGUCAGCGUAACAGUGAAAUUGGAGGCCGUGACGACGGAUGAUAUGUCCAAGAGGGAGGAUGUAAAUAAUGAACAGGAGGGGGCCAAGCACCGAACCUUGGGGGACACCUUGGGUCAGGGGAGCAGUGGUGGAGGAGUUGCUGUUUAUGUUAAUGAAUUGUUGGCGGUUUGUGAGGUAUGACUUGAACCAGGAGAGGGCAGUGCCAGUUAUGUAGAUUGAGUCAUGAAGACGGGAAAGGAGGAUGGAGUGGUGGAUGGUGUCAAAAGCAGCGGUGAGGUCCAGGAGAAUCAGGAUGCUAAUGUGGCCGGAGUCAGCGCUGAGGAGGAGGUCAUUGCAAAUCUUGAGGAGGGCUGUUUCUGUACUAUGUUUGGGACGGAAACCGGAUUGGAAGACUUCAAAGAGGCUGUUGGAGUUGAGGUGGGUCUGAAGUUGAGAGGCGACGGCACGUUCUAAUAUUUUAGAAAGCAGGGGAAGGUUGGAAAUUGGGCGGAAGUUAGAAAUUAUGUCAGGGUCGAGUCCGGGUUUUUUGAGGGUUGGGGUGAUAGCAGCCAGUUUGAGGGAGUCGGGGACUGAUCCGGUGUGGAGGGAGGAGUUGACUAUGGAGAGGAUUAGUGGAGAAAGGACUGGAAGGCAGGUCUUAACGAGUGCGGAGGGCAUGGGGUCCAGGGUGCAGGUGGGAGUCUUCAUGCUAGUUAUUAACUGGGAGAGUUGGGCAUGAGAGAUGGGGGAAAACUGGGAUAGGGGCUGAGCAGAGGUGUGGGGGGAGCACAAGGGGGGGGACUUGGGGUGGGGUGUGGGGGCGGAAGUUGCGGACUGGAGGCUGUUGUAGAUGUUGUCUAUUUUGGACUGGAAGAACUGAAGGAAAGUCUGGCAUUUGUCUGGUGUGAAGGUUGAAGAGCUGUUGUCAUGUGGUGCCAGAAGUGAGUUGAUGGUGGAGAACAGGGUCCUGGGGUUGCUGGAGCCAGAGUGAAUGAUGUUGGAGUAGUAUGCUGAGCGGGCGGAGUUGAGGGUGGCUUUGUACUGAUGGAGGUGAUCUCUAUAGAGCUGGAGGUGAAUUGUGAGUCCGGUUUUCCUGUAGAGUCUUUCAAGUUGGCGUUUUUUUUGUUUCAGCUGGUGGAGUGCUGGGGUGUACCAAGGAGCAGAGCGGGCGAAUGUGACGGAUUUGCUUUUUACAGGGGCAAGUAGGUUCAGACAGGAGGAGAGAGUCUGGUUGUAGUAGGUGACAAGAUCAGAGGGGUUAUCGGACGCUUGUGGGGGUGAUGUGGUGAGGUUGAGAGAGAGAGCGGCGGUGAGGGCAGAUGGGCUGAUUGAUUUGAGGUUCCGGAAGUUGAUGGUUCGUUUGAGUCUGGUGGGUGGGUCGGGGAGGGUUAUAACUGUUUUGAUAAGUAAGUGAUCAGAGAUAUGGAGAUCGUGGCAGGAGGGGGGGGAUGUUUCCAGGCCGGUUGAACAGAUAAGGUCCAGGGUGUGGCCAUGGUUAUGGGUGGGGAAAUGGCAGUGUUGGGUGAAGCUGAAGCAUUGUAGGAUGUCCAGAAAUUCACGGGCUAGACUGCAACUGGGGUUGUCAAUGUGGAUGUUGAAGUCACCGAGGAGGAGAACGGAUGGGGAGAGGGCACAGAGCUGUGUGAGGAGGUCAGAAAGGUCAGUCAGAAAAUCUGGGCUUGGUUUAGGUGGGCGGUAGAUAAUAGCAAUAAUGAGAGGGGGGGAACCAGGGAGUUUGAGAGCAACAUGUUCAAAGGAGGAGACGGUUGGCAUGGAAAGUGAAAUGAUUUUGAGAUCCUUAUUGUGAAUUGUUGCAAUGCCGCCACCUCUGCCUUCUAGGCGGGGUUUAUCAAUAUAGGUGUAGCCUGUGGGGGUGGCCUGAUUGAGGGAAAAGUAGUCCAGGGGUUUGUGCCAUGUUUCUGUUAAAAAGAGAAAAUCCAGUUUAUUGUCCAUGAUGAAGUCUUGCAGGAUGAGGCCUUUACUGGUGAGUGAUCGGGUAUUAAACAGGGCCAGGUUCAGGUGAUGUGGGUGGGGCAGUUUCACUGAUGAUUCCUGUGAGGACCGGGGUAGUGUGCGAAGGUUGGCAUGAUGGCUACUCCUUAGAGCAGGGUGGUGGAGGGGCCUGUGGCUGAUGAUGGUGGGGAUUUUAAAACUUGUUAUUUCCUGUUGCAGUGGCUUGAGUGGUGGGUAGGGGGAGCCAGAGGGACGGGUAGGUCGGUGUGCAGGGAGCAGUUCCAGGGGGGUACGCUGGGGGUCGCUGUGAUUGGUAACGGUGUCAGAGGAGGAGCAUGAGGAAGAGGUGGAUGUAAACACUAGUCAGUCGAUCUGCGCGCUUGUGUGGACACUGUACUGGAUGUUGGAAACUAAGAUGGAUCUGCCAGACCUGUUCAGGUGGAUGCCAUCACUGUUAAAAUAAUCAGGCCGGUUCCAGAAACUGUUAAAAUUGUCAAUAAAAUGAACAUUUUGGGCGUUGCAAAGCAUGUUGGUCCAGCUGUUUAGGCUAAGGAGUCUGCUAAAACGCUCGCAGUUCUGCGUCAUCGUCGGGAGCGGCCCACUAAUAAAAACCGACUUGCCACAGUCUUUUAGGGAGUUAAGAAGCCUUUUAAAGUCACAUUUUGUCUGUUCAGACUGCCGACGCGCUGUGUCGUUACAGCCGAUGUGCACAAUAAUGCGGCGAAUGGAGGAGGGAAGAGAGCGGAGGAGAGAGGGGAUCUUAUUAGCGAUAUCGGCAGCUGUGGCACCGGGGAAGGAUAGUGUGGUGACAUUAAAGAAACGAAUACCUCUGGUGAUGGAGUCUCCGAUGAUGACUGUCGUGGGGGCGAAGAGAGGGGCAAUCGGCGGUGCAGUGCCGCUUCCAGGAGAUGUGGAGGUGGCACAACGUAGACGCGGCUCCAGCUCGCGCUGCGGGAUGCUGUCAUUUUGGGACGCAGCUCUGGGGACGGAUCCGUUGCUCGUAAUUUAAUGUCCGAAAGUCAAAGGUCAGCUAGUCUCGAGAAAUUGACUCUUUUAUAUGUCAAACUACAAUGAUUUCUAGUGGUAACAGAAUGAAUCCUUGUCUGACUCUGGUCCCAAAAUUUGAGAAAUCUCUUCAAAUACACUGCUGUGAAUUUGAUUUGGGGUCCAUCCAGCUUUGAUACUUUGUACCUGAAGUCUUUGUACAAAACUGUACUAGGGAUGGGAAUUGAUAAGAUUUUAUCAAUAUCAAUGCCAUUAUCAAUUCUGCUUAUUGAUUCAAUUCUUAAACAAUUCCCUUAUUAAGGCCUUUCUUUGAUUAAAAAAGUAACCUAUAGGUUUUCACCAUUAAUUCAAAAUUUUGAGUCUCUGAUAACAGAAAAAGAUGUAUAUUCCACCUUCAGUGAGAGUCUAAAACAAUCAAACAAAAUAAUCAACAAAAAUGAUAUGUGUACAGCAUUUCUGGCAUGCAUUGUGCUUAUGUUAACACAGGACAUAUAAUAGUGUGAGCAUAUUCUGAAUCGCCAAAAAGAGGACACUACUACGCACGGCAGACUUGUGUGUGCAAUUUUGAGGUGUUUUUUUUUUGCACUGCACUGUUUAAUAAUCAAUGGAUACACAUUCCGGACAUUUGAAGGAUUUUAUUCACUCCCCCGGACAGCCCCCCAAAAGAGGACAUGUCAGGGUAAAAGAGGACGUAUGGUCACCCUGUCGUACGUAUCGUCAGUGCCGUGCUGAGACGGGGCAGCAGCGGCUGACGACCGGUGUUCAAUAGGUGUUGUGUCAUAGAAUGCACCCCUGACAGGAGCGCGGUUGAAAGUACAUAACAAGGCGAAAUAAUCCAAGUUUUCCUUACCAUUGGGUGGAUUCAAAAGUGUGUGCCUUUAAUGAUUUCAUUCAGGCUAUUCAGAUAAGCUGAAAACAAUCGCCCUCUGAUUCGGAAUAUUUGCUGUCCCGAAAAUAUAAUGUUCUCUACCUUGACAGCCAACUGUAUAGUUUAUACACCCAAAUACAUCUCUAUAUGUGCAUUUUUGGGACGCAUAAAAACAGAACGAAAGUUUGCUGCUCCAUUUGACAUGUUGUCAUGAUCCAAUACUUGUUUUUUUUAAAUAUGAGAUCAUAUUUCUUCCACUUUCUAUGGCACAUUCUAUGGCACAACAACAGCGGAAAGCAUUGAAUACAUGUGACUUCUUAAAUCUGAUGCAGUGCCCCAUUGACAAAUGUUGAAGCAUGUUGCUGGUGUUCCCACCUUUGCAUGUUAUCACUGUUAUCACAAACGUUGCACUGUUGUCAUCUUUCUUAGUAAAAUUAAGCUAAGCUUUAGCUCAUUUCUGCUGACUUUUCGUAUCGUCCGCCAUGUUUUUUCUUCUGUCCUUGUGCCCGUUCGCGUAGACUGGCACUCGCGAGGCCGUUUUUCAAGGCACCUGGAAGAAAGGAAUCGUUAAGAUAAAAUGUAAAUGAUGUCGAUGGAUUGAACCAUGUGGAACCGGUUCUCAACAAGAACCGGUUCUCGAUUCCCAUCCCUAAGCUGCACAAGUCGUGCUUCACUUGAACUGUUUGUGUUUUUCUCUGCUGUGUCUUAGCUGAUUGUCCUCUCACACAGAGAACAUCAUGUGACGCUCUCGCUGAGACUGACGCGAAAGAAACCGAGAGUACAGGAACAGAGAGCGGGGUCCAGUUGUCCAGAGCAGAGGCCAAGCAGGCCUGGCUGGCAGCAGGGGGCAGCACAGAGAAAGCUGCCAGACAAGCUCUAAGAGACAGACUUGCGAAGGUGAUUCAGGGUUAUGCAGAGUUAUUUUCCCUCGGCGUUUCCUCCUUCUACAGACAAUAUUGUUGUUUUCUCCCCUCUACCCUCUCAGGUGAAGGACCUCUGUGCCCUGGGCUUCAGUGAUGAGGCUCUCUGUCAUGAGGUUUUGAGGCAGAGUGGUGGUGAAGUGAGAGGAGCCCUGGUCCUGCUGCAGCGACCCCUGCUGGAACCCUUUCACAAGCGCAUUUGGAGUGACAAGCCUGAGCAACCUGUAGAUAUCCAUCACCCUGACAAACAGGUGAGAGCAGACCUGCAGACAGUCACUGUAAACUUCUGAUGCAAGUGAAACAAAAACUUGCUAAACUUUCAUCUCAGAAAAAUGUUGUUUUGCAAAUACUCCUACAAAAGCAUGUAAGGCUUUAUGGCUGUGUGUUUGUACUGGGGUUUACAGACAGCAAUGCUUCUGAGGAGGAGACAAAGUUUGCUGAGCUCUACCCUGAGUCCUUAAAAGCAGGAUUCUUUUUAAGUUGGACUGAGUUUUUUAAAACAUGAUGCCACAAUGAACUCUGUGACAUUCACUGUGAAACUGUUUCUCUUUUACCCGGGAGUGUACAGAACCCCUCCUAAAUCAAAAUACUUCAAGCUCCUGUGAGGAGUUUUUGGAUGGUUAUCAAUUUGACUGAAAUUUGUAUCAGUGCCCUUUAAUGAGCUACAAAAUCACAUUAGGUCAUCAGAAUACAGGUUGGUUAUAUCUAUUAAGUUAAUCUUAAUGUCUGAAACCCUCAGCAGGGGUUUGUGUGAACAGGGCAAAAAAGCAAAGAAAAAAAACGGUACAGCUUUGUGCACAGGACGGGCCAAAAUUAACACCAAUCAGUCCUUACAGGAGCUUUAAGCUCAAACCAUGACCCUUUCCCAGACCAUACCAAGCGGUAUGGUACCUUAUAUUAUCUACAAUGUGAUGUAAGAAAACUUACCUGUUGCAGUUUUGUUAAAUGAAGGCACCAGAAAGACUUGUUUAUGUUACAGAGUAAAUCAUCGUUUGCAACAAAAUAAUCAUUUACUGGCAUCCUGAAUUAAUGCCAGAAUAAAAACUAUCUCAACUAAGUAGAUUUGUGUUGCUGCUCAUAAAUUUAAACAUCAAACUGUCCAUAGAGUUUGGGAAUGUUUGGUUGUGUGUAUUUUUAGGUUGAUUUUAGGUAGGUUCAUGCUUUGACAGUCAGCAGGAUUUAACAUGGGUAUGGGCUGACUCUUGCUCUUGCUCAUACUGGCAUUGUUCUGUAUCUGCUGCUUGGCCUUACACUCACCCAAAACGAUUGAUUUUAAUUUGUAUUCCCUCAUUUUCUGCAUCCUCAAAAAUUGGUGGGUGCUUUAAAGAUGAACCUUGUUGAGCAAAAGUACCCCAUGGUCACUGUUAAAGGUGGGGUAGGCAGGAAUCCGUUAAAGAAGCAUCUUUUUUGUGUCCCACAUUUCCUGUCUUUUUUUCCAGCGCAUUUGUCGGAGGUUGCUAGCUGUGUACGAUCUUCCUAGUUGGGGUCGUUGUGAGCUGGCGCUGUCUCUGCUUCUGGAGCACAGUGCCCCCUAUUCGCUGGAGGACGUAGUGAUGGCUGUGCGAGAGUCUCAUGACAGGGAGUUUAUCAAGAGAGUCCUGGCUAAGGAGUGUCCCAUCUGUCUCUCUGUCUUUCCUCACAGCAAGGUAGGGCACUGGCAGUCCUUUAGCCUUUGCAGAGUUGCAGCAAACUCUUUCUCCAGUCAGGUCCUCCCUGCUCACUCUGUUUUUUUUUCGGUCAGAUGCAGUCCCUGACGUCCUGCCAGUGUUCAGUGUGUUGUGGGUGCUUCCGGCAGCACUUCACCAUUGCUGUAAGAGACAAACACAUCAGGGACAUGGUGUGUCCAGUCUGCUGGGAACCGGACAUCAACGACCCUGAACACCUCAACAGCUACUUCUCAACACUAGAUAUCCAGGUGAGAAAAACAACUGGGACUCCAGCGGUGUAAUAAGAGCCUAAUCUCUGUCCUAUUCGUUGUAGUGUGUGCUUUUCCUUUACUGUAAGAGAUAAACACACUAUUAGUCUGCUGCCAGAGAGUGUACUCUUGAGCGAGCGUCACGAUUUUGUGUUUGGUUGAAUCUGCAUUAUUGAUACCUAGAUACUGAUAACUGAUUUUUGAUGGAUAACCUCAGUCAGGCUAUUUAAUGAGAAAUACAUGUUCACUUGAUAUAAAAGGGGAUUACCAGGAACAAAGAGUCCCUCUGAAGGAAAGAUGGGAAGAGGUUCACCACUCUGUGAGAGACUGAGUGAGCUCAUAGUUCAACAGUUACAGAAUAAUGUUCCUGAGUGUCAACUGUGAAAGAGUGAGUGGAUUUCAUCAUCUGCAGUACAUAAUAUCAUUGAAAGAUUCUGAGAAUCUGGAGAAAUCUCUGUAUAAAAGGGACAAGGACCAAAACAAAGAAUAGAUGGUCCUGACCUUCAGGCAGCACUGCAUUAAAAACAGACAGGACUCUGGAGUAGAAAUUACUGCAUUAAUUCAAAAUCACUUAAAAACCACAAAUGCAGGUUAAUUGUGGAUCAUGCAAAGAGGAAACCAGAUACACUACAGGCCAAAAGUUUGGAAGCAUGAUCAGAUUUGUACAAAAAAAGAUCAUAGUUUCAUUACAACAAUUGCAACACAAUAAACAUGACUAUUGUGUAAAGAGUAACUUAUCAGAAGACACUUUGACUAUAACAACAGCUUGGCAUAUACCAGGCAUUUGUCCACAAGUUUUUUAAGGUAUGUUCCAGGGAUUGCAUUCCAAGCUUUCUUAAGUUCAUUAAAAAGAUAUAGCUGAUUCGUGGGACACGUUUUUCUGACUGAUAGAUCCAAUUCAUCCCACACAAGCUCUAUUGCAGAAAGGUCUGGAGACUGAGGGGGCCAAACCAUCUUUUGAGGAACACCUUCUUCUUUUGUCUAGGUAACCCUGACAGAGCUUGGCAGAGUGCUUAGGGUCAUUGUCUUACUGCAAAACAAACUUAUGAGCCACAAGUCUGAGUCCAGAUGGAACAGCAUGGUGCUGGAGGAUGGAGUGGUACUGUUCCUUUACUUCAAACAAAUCUCCUACUCCAUCACCUGCAAAACAUCCCCAUACCAUGGAACUACCACCUCCAUGCUCAAUUGUGGGUGUAACACAUGGUGCUUUCAGACGUUCACCAGUUUGUCUGCAGACAUAGACUCUGCGCUUUGAACCAAACAGUGCAAACUUGUUUCUAGUCAUCAUAAGUCCAAUUUUUGUGAGCUUUUGCCCACUCAUAUCUCUUUUUCUUGUUCUGUGGAUGAAGUAGUGUUUUUUUGCAGAUACACAACCCUUCAGACCAGCCUUUCUCAAACGUCUUUUCACAGUUGUAAGAGAUAUGGGUUUCGACCUUGUCAUGUUGAUUUCCUCCCUUAUUUGUUGUGCUGUCUUUGCCGAUCUCUCUUACUGCUGACAAUGCUAUGUUUAUCCUCUGCUUUUGUAGUAACUCUCUUUCGUCCAGGUCUUUUUCUAUCAUCAUAACUUCCAGGUUCCUCCAGUCUCUUCAGAGCAUAGUGGACUCCUUUGUUAAACACCUUUAGGCGUUUUGCAGUUUCUCUUUCUGUGUAUCUUUCUUUCCUCAAUGUACAAAUCUGCACUUUUGUUUCUUUACUCAGUUGCUUCUUUCUAGCCAUUUCUGCAGUAGUUUGAUGCAGUUGAGAUUUAUCAGGAUUUUUGUAUGCAGACUCUCAAAAGCCAAAAAGUUGAAGUGAAUAAUCCAACUGUGAUUUGUUUUUUUGCUUUUGCACUGAAGUUGUGACACAAAAUAUUACAGCUAUGCAGUUGCAAGACAAAACAAUGUCAAACCACAGUCUGUACAUAUUACAACAACAUGGUUCAAGGUGAGGUAAGGUGCAAAGCUGAUUUGCCUGCAGCCACCAUUGUACUUUUCAAACAUGUCUCCUGGAUUUCCAAACAUUUACAGUGAACACUGAGUUAGACACCCCCUCGAGAGAUGAAUGUUGCUGACAGGUGGCCUCUCUGGUUAUAUCAGCUUUAUUAACAUUAUUUUUACGCUGGGAUAUCCCUUUAGUGUAAAGCCAGUUUUGGGGAUUGUUUGUGUCUGUUUAGAUAGAGCUUACUGAUUAUAUGGGGCAAUGUUUAAGCUGAUCAGAAUAAUGCCGUCAUUGAUAUUAGUUUUAUAGCAUACAAAAAAUAUAAAUUAGAUUCAUCUCAAAUAAUUUAAAAGUCUGGAAGUCGCACUGGGUAGUCCCUGGGUCAAAGUCAUUUGAAGAGGAGUGGUCUCCCCUUUGUAAGAUUAUCUUUUGGACCAAACUGUUUACUGUAGAUAGAACAGCUGUAGAGAAAAAGGAAAUGUUUGAAGUAAAGAGGAGAUGGAGCAGAGGGCUGAGGGUCUGUGUGAAACCCAGGACCGCUGUGAUGAGUACAGUUUGAACAUGAGGUAGGCUCUGAGCUUCAUGACUGUUUAUGGAGAGUAUCGCACAGCAAGGAGACACAUUUUACUACAGCUCUGUCUGUUCUGACAGGUGAAAUAAAGACACUGAACAGAUUAACAAGUCAGCAGCAUGUUUUCAAACACCCCCACUUAGUUUCCCAGCAUGGAUUAAAGUAAUAAAAAUGUAUCUUUCAUCAAAUUUCAUCCGCCUGCCUGAAGUCUCACUGACAACACUUUGCCCAUUUUUCCAGACCUUACAAAGCUUAGGCACAGCUUUUCACUUAGAGCCAGGAAACUGCUUGUAUCAGCAUCUUUUCUACCUCUGAUCGACUAUGAAGAUGUGCUGUAUAUGGGUGAUUCACUGAAAUGUCUUCAGUCCUUGAACACUGUUAAUCACAGUGCCCUGAGGUUUAUCAUUGGUGAUGGUCGUCUCACGCAUCAUUGUGAACUGCAUGUUAACACCCGCUGGCCUUCUUUAAGUGUACACAGGAAUACCCACUGGCUGACCCUAAUUUACAAGGCUCUUCUUGGCUUAGUUCCAUCUUAUUCAGGUACUCUUAAUCAGAGAACCAAAAACCUCUAUGCCCUCCACUCCUGUGUAGGCAUGUGCCGAUAUGAAUAAUUUGAUAUCACAAUAUUGGUGGCCCAAAAUAUCACGAUUCACGAUAUUAUCACGAUAUUAGCGCAUUGCUUUUAACGUUAUUAAAAAUGGCAAAAAACUGCAAAAUCACUUCUCUGUGCACAGCAUGACACGCACAAACAAUAUGAGCAAGAGGCAGAUAACGUGAUGUUGGGAGCAUUAGCUUUUUGGAGCUAAAGUUAGCAGAAACGUCACUAACGUUGUCAUUAAUAAGCAGUAGAAUAGACCAAACUUGUUGCGGUCAUGUUGUUUUUACCUUUAUUUGGGUGAACGAUGCUGGAUGGUGUUCACGGAGGUUUGAAGUGUUGGACAACUGCGCUGCAACUUCCUUAUGGCAUAACCUGCAGAUUGGUGUCAGGUUUACCUGCUCUGUCUGUUUUGUGAAGCCGUAAAACGUCCAUACUGCUGACGAAACCUUUUAAUAGGAGGAUACAGCCGAGGCGUUUCGUCAUUCUCAGUCUCCGACUGUUCUUGGUCCGGUGUUAUGCCGUAGAAUGCACCCCUGAAGGGAGCACGGUUGAAAGUACAUAACAAGGCGAAAUAAUCCAAGUUUUCCUUACCAUUGGGUGGAUUCAAAAGCGUGUGCCUUUAAUGAUUUCAUUCAGAAUAUUCAGAUAAGCCGAAAACAAUAACCCUCUGAUUCGGAAUAUUUGCUGUCCCGAAAAUAUAAUGUUCUCUACCUUGACAGCUAACUGUAGAGUUUAUACACCCAAGUACAGCUCUAUAUGUGCAUUUUUGAGCCACAUAAAAACAGAAUGAAAGUUUGCUGCUCCAUCUGACAUGUUGUCAUGAUCCGAUACUUUUCAGAUCAUAUCUCCUCCACUUCAAGAAGCUAAUGAGCAGAUGGGAUGCAUUGUGGACACGCUCCAACAGUGCUUUGGGUGGCUGCAAUGCAUUGUGGGUGGCCACGCAUUUUGUUGUAAAAUUUCUUCAUUUUCUCUUUUAAUGUUUCCGUUUUUGUUAUUCUGGAAUUAAUGUACUUAAUUGGAGAGUUUGUUUUGGAUUUGGGACUACUUUUGUGGUGGUUUGUUUGUACAUUUUGUUACAGAGGCUUUGACACCCACCGUGGGUAAGACUACAAGAGGGUUAGGUUGGAAAGUACUCGGCUUUGCUCACCACUGUUGAGUGACGCCGCUACUAGUCUUUAAAUUAUAAUUGUGGAAUGAUUAUUACAGUACCUUACGAUUUCAUAAUCGCGGCUGUUUAAUACCGCAUAUCGCAAUUAAAUCGUGUAUCGGCACAUCUCUACUCCUGUGACGUUCUCCAUCUCUUGGUCAGAACUGAACUGGGGAAGAGAACAUUCAAUUUUGCUGCCCCCGCUGUGUGGAACUCCCUGCAGACUGAGCUGAAACUCAGAGUUCAUGUCACUCAAGGCCUUUCGCUCCAUGCUAAUAGACAGACAGCGUGAGACCACCGUGCUUGUGCUUCUAAAUUGAUAUUUAUGUUAAAAGCUUUGUUGCAAGAUACUUUGCAAUCACAAAAAUGUGUAUUUAAACUUACUGUAUUGUCAUUUUUCAAUCAUGUUUUGUGCUGUUGACUUCUUGUCCAGGUCAUCCUUAUGAAAAAGAUCUUGAUCUCACUGGGUUUUUUUCUAUGUUGUACUCUUGUACUUCAGCUGCGAGAGUGUCUGGAGUCAGAAGUCUACGAGCUGUUCCAUAAGAAGCUGACUGAGCAGGCCCUGAUCAAGGACCCAAAGUUCCUUUGGUGCUGUCAUGUAAGUUCAAGAUAAGACAAGAUUAAAGAGUAAGAUCAAAUAAGUUAAGAUGAGACUUAAUUUUUCCCUCACUGGAGCAAUGUUGGGGUUAACGGCAGUCAAGAUCAGCAUAGCAGACAAAGAAGAAUAAGUAAACACACAAUGCGUACAUUAUUGGAAAAAUUUAAUAAAAAAAAGUGAGUUCAAGACAAAAAAGAACACAAUAGUAUAAAAGUUCAGCUCCGCACAGUGAACAAGAAAAUGUUGAAUAUGUUUUUAAACUUGAGCAAGUUUCUUGAUAAUUCGUCAGUGACAAUAAAUAAAUGGCUUGUGUGAAUUCCACACAGGGGAUUAUUGUCUGUUAGUUUUUUAAACCUGGACAACUGGGUGCAGGUCUGGUUAAACAGUCUGACUGCAGCAGGAAGGAAGGUAUUUCUCUUUUAAACAUCGCGGAUGAAGAAGCCUGUCACUAAAGGAGCUGCCCAUUGCUGUUUCAGUGUUCUGCAGGGGGUUGGAAACAUUGAUCCUCCUGUCCCCCACCACAUCUACAGGGUUCAGAGGGCAGCCCAGGACAGAGUUAGCCUACCUCACUAGUUUGUUCAGUCUGUUCUUGUCUGCAGCUGUGAUGCCCACAAUAGUGGACACCUCAAGCUAGUGAAGCGCUGAGGACUGUUUGAAAUCAACAGACUGGACUGUGCUGCUGGAAACUAGUGUUGUUCCCCGUUUUUUUAAUAGUGGUAAUUAGAGGAGAGUAACCCCGAAUUUCCACCACAUUUGGAACAGCUCCGAUCAGGAACGGCUGAUUUCUUGCUUUUCUUUAUUUUCUUUCGAUUUUCUUUCUUGUUUGUCUCCGCCCGUUGCAUGGUGUGAAAUACGAUUCUGCCUGAAACACGGUGUGUUUUAUUUUGAAAAGAGGUCGGACGUUUUAUUUGUGUCUGUGCCCGACUUCCUUUCCAGCAGGGGUUAAUCUGUGCUGUAUUUUUCCGGCCUGCUCCGGCGUUCGGAAAAAAUAGAACUCUUGCGAUCAGCUGCAGAGUCCGGCGAUCUGAAGCGGAACGGAAAGAAGCCUGUUCUGGAAAUUGACACAUUAAGUUCAAUGGUUACGAUCAGCUGCAAUCAGCGGAUACAGCCUUUUCGUAACCAUUCCGGAUGUGGUGGAAAUUGGGGGUAAGACUCACCAGCUGUAGCAAGGUACAACUUUUUGCGAUGAUGUUCAGUUUGGCAGCAGCGCCCCCUCAAACACAAGUAGGGCUUUUUGCAAGUGCCUGCAAAUAGUUGCCUCCAAAGCAAACCAUUGACAGUGUUGAUGUUAUUUCUCAUCUAGUCUUUAGGAGAGACCUUAUGGAAGAAUAUAUCAAAACGUCAUGUGUGUAGGUCAAAGGGCAUUGCCAUGGCGCCCUUUUCACUUAAACGUUGUUACACCAUAAAUGAGUCACAAUACUCAAAGGCAGUCACAAGCACCAGCCAUCACAAAUGUCCUGGCUGUCAUGGAAAGCAUUGCAUGGGGGAUGACAGGCAGUGUCAAUGGGCAGUGGUCUGCUGGGGAGGCAGUCCACAGAAGUGUAAGCGUGACACGGCUGUGCUUUCCAAAUAAAUUGCAUUGGAUUGAAAUGGUAAAGAAGAAAGAUCUUAUUGAAAACUGUGAAUUUUAUAAUUAUCUUCAUAUUUAGGGAUUUCAGCAUACAAACACAGACACAUUGACUAAAGAAGGAGAGAAUGGAGGAGAUUGUACGGGACUUCAUCUCCCAAAACAAGUUGUCAUUUGAUUAAUCACCUAAUGUAGAGAAUAAUGAAUAAUGUCUCUGUUUUCAGAUGAAGGAAUGCUUACAGGGGUUUUAACAGUGUUGGGCGGGGAUGUUGUCGGGAAAAUGAUCAUUUUGAGGCUCCUUCAAAAACAGGUGUUUCACUCACGCAGGAACCAGUGGACCAGAGGGCAGACACAUACAAGGACAUUUAUUUUCCAUGAUGUGAUGAUAGGAUUUGAUAACUAUCAUAAAUUAUUUGCAGCCAGUGUGAUUUAUGUCAGCUUAUGUCAUUCUCUGUCCUCUCCUUUCCCCAGUGUUCUUAUGGGUUUAUUUAUGAUGGAGACCAGCUGAAAGUCACCUGUUUUCAGUGCCGAAACAGUUUCUGUGCACAGUGUAAAAAACCUGUAAGUAUUAUCAGUCUUUAUUUUGUACCCUCUUUGCUUGGUUUUCUCUCAAAUCCUGUUUCAAUUGCCCUUUUGCAACCUUCUGAUGACCCAUGAGUCACCAGAGAGCCAAACAAAUGUUCUUUUGUUUUACAUAAAUGAAUAAAAAUGGUGCCAAACACACACAUGCAUUCCCCUGCAUGCAGGUAAAGGUGAAAUUGCUUUAUGUCCAAAUCUGAUUUGAAUUUGGCCGUGCAUAAAGUCACGUGUGUCAGACAACUUAUUAACUUCAUAAUACAGUGAUUGUCACAACCCAGCUCAUCAAGGAAAAAGGGAACAUAACAACAUAAAGGUCCUUUCAUACUAGGACCGUUUUUGUCGUGCGAUUAUUUCUGACGUCAAUAUUUUUUAAACCCGUAUUCUGUCUAUACAAGCGUUCACAUCAGCGACGUUUUCCUGCGAUAUUGCAGCAUUUAUUAUUUCGGAUCACGGUCGAUUUUUCUAAAGUUUUGCAUACUGUGUGUCCACUUCUGACCAAUCCAACAUAUAUAUCCAACAUAUCUGACCGGCUGAUUGUUUACGUGUCGGAGAACAGAGUGCUUUUUGAUAAAAGACACAAACAUUACAAAGAUAACACCUAAAGGGCAUCUUGUGGAGAGUCAUAGCGUCGGAUCUCUCAUAUGACGAUGUUUUGUGUGCUUAAACAGUUUGCUAAACGCCUUUGUUGUAACAUUCAUCUGUGCUAACAUAAGCUAACGGUUGUUACCGUAGUUUCAUGUGCUUAUCUUAUUGCCUCUGAUUGGCUUUAAGUGCUGACCAUUUGGCUUGAGCAUGUGGUGACGUUUCCAAUUUUUCUAGCCAAUCAGAGGCGAAGAAGGCGGAACUUUCCCCGGGAAAGUCUUCCCAGGAUGCAUUCACCCCCAUAGUCAGGCGCGUCAAAAUUCGCCUCCGAAUAUUUCUUAAUUUCGCAUUCUACAUUCGCGUUGGCCCUGGUGUAUAAGGACCUUAAAACCUAAAUGUAGUGGUAUUAAGUGUUAUUUAUUACAAAGAAGUGAGAUUGGAACAUAGAAAAGAGCGAGGCGUGGAGAAUGGUGGGAGAGUGCUGCUCAAAUCAACAAAUAAGGAAAACCACAAGAACCUCUAACCUCGAGUCCACACAGAGACACUGCUCAUUCUAAAACAGAAAUAAAACCUUGCAAACUCUAACCACACAAAAAGUAAAGACAAAGAGCACCCCUAAUCUCAUGAGCAUAACAAAGAAUAAUCCUUCGAGCAAAUGCGCAAGAGUCUCAAAUCUAUACCUGACCCAAUUUAGACCGAGUGCCUCAGCGAUACAACACAAUCUUGACAUGAGUGGAGACACGGCUACACAAUGAGAAUUAAAUAAAAGCAAAGGAAUGAAAAAUCUCUCAGGUCCCAACUAGCGAAGGCGGUCCAGCUUCUUAAUACCGCGCACUUCUCCUUGAUUGGCCAGAACUUCUGCUCCGCACCAAUCAGCUGUGUGCUCUCGAGGCUGGUCACGUAGGGGAUGCACCAAUCACUCCGUUACACUCACAUAUUUAUGCCAUACACUCGUAAUAGAUUAAGAACCACAUGGGGGGAUGUGGCUGCGGCUGUAAUGGUUAUCUUUUCUUCUAAUUUGAACUUGGAUGCUUUCAGAGAGUGGAGGUGUCUUGAUAUGUUUUUUUAUUUGUAUAAAUAUUUAUAUAUACAGUAUAUACUAACAUAUACUCUUUUCCUUGACCCGAUUCAACAUAUUUGUGGCAUUGGUUUCCUAAGGGGGAGGAAAGGGGAGGUAGUUACCAUGGAAACACACUGGGCAUGUUUCUGUGUUUUCUCUACAGUGGGAGUCUCAACACGCAGGCCUGUCCUGUGAACAGUACCAGUCAUGGAAGAGAGAGAAUGAUCCAGAGUAUCAGAGACAGGGCCUGGCUGGAUACCUUAGAGACAAUGGCAUCAGUAAGCAGAAACACACACACACACACACUUACUCUAAAAUGAUACAAUGCAGUUGGUGCUGUAGGCCGUACUUUGACCCAGCAUGAGCUGCAGGUGAGGAGAAAAGCCACAACAGGCCGAGACUAAGUGUAAGUUUUAUUUAUGAAAUGGAUGUUACAUAUUUCUCACUGCUGACUGGGUCGCUUUGUCGUAAAAAUUGGAGGAGAUAAUGCCUGAUCAUCCUCCCAAACUUAAUAAACCAUGUGUUCUCAAACAGGAGUCUGGAUCACAGGUCACAUCUUAACUUGCAGGGCUACUGAUGAAGCUGCUGUAUUUAAAGAGUUGGGUAUGACAAUGUAUUGAAGCUGCAGGUUCACCACAUUGCAGCCUCAAAGUUACGGUCUACGAUCUGAAAACCAGUUUGGCUCUUGAGACAGAUUUGAAAAACACAGCCUGCCCUCCCUUCACUCACCCCUCCCCUCUGUGUUCCAAGAUCCAAGAAGCCCCCCGCCCAGCUCGUGUCGCCUCCUAACAAUAUGCCCCCUCCGAUGGAGCAAGAAGCCGGUUGGCAGAAAAUAUCAGCAGCAAAGCUAGCUUUGAAAACAACACAGGAUGUCUGAUGCAGAUAAAAUUGUUGAGGCUGCUGAGGCCGGUGGUCUCUGGAAUCCGACCUUCAUUGGAGUUGAAGUGAAAUGAGAUUUCUCAUAGCCGAAAGUAACAAACAUGACAGUCAUCCCCCUUGUAACACACAGUGGUAGCUAUUUCAAUUGAAGCGGCGCGAUCCAAACCAUAUAUUAGCGGGGCGGAGUGGGUCUUGCGUUGCCACUGCUAGCCUGUCAGAGCAGAGCCGAUUGUGGGCGAGGCUUUACCUUUCUCGGCGUGUCUUCACCAGCUCAGUUUACGAUGCUAAAGAUGCGUGGCUAACUUAUGCUAAAAUCUAUUGACAGAGCCUACCCAUUCUGACCAAACAACGUUCAGUCAUUAGCCAGUAUAGGCACAGACUAACCAGAGUUAUUCAGCAGAUAUCUCCUACUGUAGUAAACAAAGUAAUUAUCUGUUCAGCAGAAAUUCGGCUGUCUCAGCAUCAGUUUUCAGUCCCAAAUCCUUCUGCAGCUUUUUUCACCGGUCGUACGUUUCUCCAAUGUAGACUCUCCGUUAGCACCUGUAUGGCUCAUAAUUGUUCCUUGAAACUUUUACGUUUCCUUUCCUUCGAUGUGGAGGGAAACAGAAGCGGCCUCCUGGUUUCUGUGUUUGUCUUCUCCGGCUCCAUUACACUUCAGUAGCUGUGCAGCUAGCUAAUCAUAUGUACGUGAGGGGGGUAGUGGGGAAGAGGCGGGAUGGUGCGGAGCAGGGGAGACAGGGGAUUGGACGGACUCACGGACCACUCCGACCCCGGUGGUUCAGAUUGGUCGAUUAUUAUGCCUUUUUGCGGUGGAUAUACUGAAUGGAUUUUUUUUCGUUCUUUUUUGAUCUUUAUAUUGCGUAGAUCAGACCAUAGGACCAUAAUGGCCUUAUAAACUGUGUUAUUAAUAAGUACCAAGCUUCCAAAUGGGAGACCAUAGCUUUAACAAAGGGCAGAUCUUAUCAGGUAGGACAGGCUGUGCUUCAUUAAAAUACAGACAGUAUUUUCUUUCCCUCUGAUCCUCUCCUGGCACAUGUUAAACCCACAGUGACCUUUGAUUUUUCUAAUAGGACACCCCCUCCUUGAUCUGAUCACACAUUAAUUCAAAGAAUAUACAAUCUAUUCAAACAGAACAAUAAAUUAGAAUCACUUACCUCAUUUUCUUACUGCCGCUGCCUCCCUCCUCUCUCUGCUGUCUCCUCUCCUCCUGUCAACAUCCACGUCCUCCAUCUCCCCCUCCAGCCUGCCCCAACUGUCGCUUUCAGUAUGCACUGUCUAAAGGAGGCUGCAUGCAUUUCUGCUGCUCACAGUGUCGAUACCAGUUCUGCAGCGGCUGCAACAACCCUUUUCACACUGUAAGUCUGACACACACUGUUGUUGUUUGUAUGGUGCGUUAUCCAUGAAUGUAGUGAAGAGGAAGGUAACCGUAUGAACUGAGCGUUGGAAAUACACACACAAGAGAGUAAAUUCACUGUUUUUUUUAAAUAAUAUGAUUGUGUACUGUUCUGUGUUUUGAAUCGCUGACUCAUAGCAGUAUUUGAUUCAACUGAUUCUGAGUCUUUGUGCAGAGGUUUGUCCUUUGUUUUUUUAUUCUUCAAAGUGGUGCGAUGGUCAGGUAGAUGGCCCUGAAAAUCAACUUAUUAUUUUAAAAUUCCAACCAGAUAUUGUUUAGCUAUGUCUUUUUAUAGCUGUAAACACACAAAUAUUCUGUGAAACAAAUGCUGCAUAAUACCAAGAGCAGAGAUUUCUCAAAACAGGUGUUUUUACAUUUUUUAUGUUUUUGUCCUCUGAACUGUGUCUGUUUUUUCCAUUUAAUCCAUUUGCAUCAGCCAAAAUGUUUUUUCCUUUCAUCAAGUAUUUUUGGUAUUUUGUGGCAUAUUUUCAUUAUAUUUGUGAUUUCUUUCUUGAAUGAUUCAUCAUACAAAAUGAAACAGAUCUUUUGUAUAAAGUCUUUGUGUUACGGUCAGGUUGUGGGUGCACCCUGAAGUGAAUUAAGAUUCCUCAUCUCCUGUGUCUCUGUUAGACCUGUGCUGUGGAGGAGUGCAGUGUUUCUGGAUUACAUGCUCAUCAUCCCAGAGACUGCCUCUUCUAUCUGAGAGACUGGGAACCUUCUAGACUACAGGCUUUACUGCAGGUACACAUGCAUAUGGACUAAAGGCUGAAAGAGGUGUUUGUUGCAGGGGGGAUUUCAGCGAUGAUAGUCUCUGAAAUGAAAACUUUGGUGCUGCUGGAGCCCAAAAUAUGACAACCAGACAGAAAAACUAAAAUACUACUUUUAUAAAAACGUAUUUGAAAUAUUUUCAACCAACUAAAUUCUACAAGACAGCCAACAUUUAACAUUUCAUAAAUACAAAAAUAUCCUCCUGAGGUUACAUAAACAGAGUACUGAUACUUAGUUCAGGAACAAACUGGUGCCUCUUGCCAACAUCUUUCCACCAAGGUACUCAGGAAAAACGAAAUCGCUCAGCAAUUAUAUUUGCAGCGAAAAAAUGCGAUAACUCCUAAGCCUGGAAAAAGCGGCAUCCGCAUAAAUGUGCAAAGACGCCGACUUCGGCGCAAACUUACAUGGAUUUUAAACCGCAGCAAUAUUUCAAAAAGCCCUUUUCCUGAGGGACAAGAGCCCCUCAGAGAGCGCCCCCGUUUAACUCUGUUAGCUAACAUUAAUGAAUGUUAGCUAAAGUGACAUUAGCCCCCACAAACAUUGUCAUGUCAUGUUUACUCACCUGGAAAAUUCUGCAGACUUUCUCCACCGUCAAGUCAUCUUCUCAGAGACUCACCCGUCUCCCAGCAAGAAAAAGAACGUGCGACAUCGACAUCGCUUGUACAGUUUGAGAACGAAUGAGGCUGCAAGAGCGGCAAGCCAGUAAUAUCACUGGGGGGGGAGUAGGACGCCGUAGUGCAGUUUCCGAAGCAGAUCAAAGAAGUAGCAGCAGCAGAAGGAGGAGGUCUUUCAAGGCAAAGCAGGCUAAACGAAAGGAAUUACGGUCGUAUUUCAUUUCCCGACUUGUGUAAAAAUAAACCCAUAGUAGGAAAUCAGAUAAAGGCUCGUUUUCCACUUUUUGAUUAUCGAUCUCCAAAUGAAAAACAGGAGACAGCUCUUUCCCGUUUUUCGUUUACCUUCACCCAAAUAAUAAUCGGUGAUCGGAUGGUUUCCUGUUUUUCGCUUACCCAUAUUAAAACGGAAAACUGAUGGCCGCACAUGGACCAGCAGCAUUAUUAUUUCAUGGUCACUCAGCUAAUCCUCAGGAAUUUACAUCAGUAAAGUAUCACCAACCAUCUGGACCCAGCUCUGAAACUCUGAAUAAACUACCCUAACAAGGUAGACUUUUUUCAGUAUGUACCGUCCACAAAACAAAAAUUGAAGAUGAUUUUUUUUCAGCUAUUUCUUCCUAAAAUAGUACUUUGCAUUUGCUUGUGUGUGUGUGUGUGUGUGUGUGUGUGUGUGUGUGUGUGUGUGUGUGUGUGUGUGUGUGUGUGUGUGCGCGCGUGUGUGUGUGCGCGCGCGCAAUUUCCUACCUAUCCAAGAGGGGAACUUGGCGUCAUAACACUUCCACUAAGACGACACUGCAAGGCCAACAGGGGACAUUUUUUAGGUCCCCUCUUGCUCAUGCUUUAAAUCAUGCUUAAAUCAUGUGUGACAUACUCUGGUGAAGUUUUUUUAAAUUUUUGCCAAGUGGGGACCUGAAGGUGUGUGAGUGUUUAAGUCCAUGCAAGACUAUCCCCCUGAAGGCUGGGGCCGGAAUUACAACAACCCUUAAACACACAUCAUUUUACACACACACCCUGGAGGUGUGAAUGUUUUGCACUGAAGGCAGCCUUUCAGACUGUUGAGGGGCUGUUUGACAGGUUACUGGGUCCAGAGCAUGUCUCUUAAAAAUGCAUUGGUUUUCUAUUAAUUUUUCAAUAGAAUUCAAGGAUCACUCUACACUUCUAAGAAUGCAAUUUUUUUUUACCAUGCAAAUUACAGAAAACAGGUACUUUUACUAUUUGAAAUGACAAAGGUUCCCUCUUGGCUGGUAAAUAGUGGCAGGAGUUCCCACUUAGAUAGUACCCAGCGACUUCACAUUCCACCAUGGAUGAAAAGAAAAAAUAAGGAAAACUAAUAAGUAAAAUGACAAUCUUAAAUAUAUAAUUGUUGGUCAAAUGUGAUUUUUUUUUAAUGCACAUUACAAAAACAGGUCCUUUUACUCUUUGGAAUGACAAAGGUUCCCUGUUGGCUGGUAAAUAGUGACAGGAGUUCCCUCUUAGAUGGCAUAGAGGGACAUUCACACUCCACCAUGGAUGAAGAGAAAAAAAUAAGCAAAACUGACAAGUAAAAUAACAUUACUUUAUAAUUGUUGGUUGAAUUUCUUUCUCUUGUUAUUUUCUCUCUCAGAGUAAUGGAGUGGCCUUCAACACUGAACCCUCUCCUGGGACACAGACAGGUAGACAUGGACUUUGUACACACUGAUCCUCAUAAGAAUGACAAUUUGUAAAUGACUAGGAUCGAAAUUAAAGAUGCUCGCCAGCAAAGCUCGUCUUUCUUCGCCGUGCUAUGAUUGAUCUCUAAGGAGCUUUUUCUUAAUCCAUCAAUACUUAAACAUUUACUCAGUUCAUGUCUGGUGUUUUAUAAUCAAAAAGUGCAAUAACUUCAGCUCCAGUCCUUGGUGUAAGUCACGAUCUUACUCGGGUCAUAUUCACGGGUUCUAUUAUUCACGGGUCAGGUGCAAGACAAGGUUAUUUUGAGUGCUGACAUUCCAACAGGCUGAACUCAGAUGGUGACCAUGAUAACUACAUGUUCAGUCUCACUGUAGUAUCAGGUCAUUUUGAGUGUUGGCCUUUCAGGGCCCUGCAGGGUGCAGCUUUACAAAGCAGCUUGUAUCAAUGAUCCUUGUAUGUGAGAUAUUGUUUAAGAUGAGGCAAGAACACUUGUUUAAAGGCUUUUAACGCUCAACUACAAUCCUAUUUCUGCUUUACUCUCAGUGAGUAAGUAGUUAAAAAUCCUUCAGUUUUGUUUUUGGAGGUCUUUGAAUUUUUCAUCCCUCUCUUUUUCAGGUCUGUGUGGAGUGAUAGAGCAGAAGGAUGAGGGAGGGCAGCAGCCAGACUCAGCCUGUGGAGCCCACACCCAGCCAGGACAUGCUGGACUCUGCGAGUAUGAUGUCUUGUUUGUUUUGAAGUUUUGGGUGUGCAGAAAUACAGACUCAAAAUAACAUACAGGGCUCUAUUUUUAUGCUUCGCUGGCGGCGUGGCGCAGGCAGGGCGUAAGUUAGGUCAGCUGCGCCGGCAAGGCGUGCCCUAGCACAUUUUGGUAUUUUGGUGAGCGGUGCAGCCCAUUGUAAGUAUCCCCCCUCCCUAACUCAGCUCCUCCCUGAGGAGAGAGGGCACUGGACUCACCUUUGAAUCCACCACUGGCGAGGCGUAUUACAAUUUUCGUGCAGUAGUCAAAGAGAUCAAGAGAUGGCUGAAGACAGCAAUGCCACACGAUGGCAAGGGGAGGGACUCACUCACUCACUCAAGGCAGCCCCUCAACAAGUGUUGCUGUAAGCACUGCAGGGGCGUCCUACACACUAUCUCAAAUACGCACAGAGGGAUUUGGUGUGUAUAAGCUUGGACCCACUGGUAAGACAAUCCACCUGCGCUGAAAGCUGACCAGGUUUGAAUCGGCGAGCUUUCGGCGCACUUUCUACGCUGACAGAGAGCACGAAAAUGUCACUGCACCAGUUGAUUCUGUGGACACCUCCCCCCACCACGCCACCACACCCAGCCUGGCGGACCUCAUUGCGCCUCAAUCUACAAAAAUAGAUCAGACAAAAAUACCACUGUGCGGGGUCCGCCACCCAGGCGCCACCAGCGGGCACGAAAGUAGAGCCCACAGUGUGUGAAAAAAAGCUACUGAGCUGCAGGCUGUGAGAAAUACGUAGUUUUGACUCCUGCUGGCAGAAUUGACCUUGUAUAAAAGAGUCACCGGAAUGGAGAAGGAAAGAAUAAUUUGUUUUAAUCUAAAAGUGACAGUGGAGCUCUUAACUCAUCUUCAGAAACCAUAAUGCCUCAUGCACAAGAAUCAAAUUCUGGUCAGAUUCUUCAUAAUUGAUGACAUAAAUCUCCUCUCCACACUCAGCCGAGAGCUUCUAAACACAAACAGAUUCAAUAAAAGAUACCAUACAGCACAUAAUGGGUCUACUUAUGAUGACUGAAAUACACCUGGAUGCUGUAAAGGCUCAGUGAGAUCUGUUUAUUAGUUGAAACAUAACCUGCAAAUAUGAUUGACAGUUGAUUAGUGAUGCAAAAAUGAAAUACUUAAGAACAUCAGUUUAUCAUAUCUGGUAAUUACACUUAUGACCUUGUGCUGCUUAAUUAUGACACCAUAGAUGGAACCAGGAGAGAUGACGACCUAUAGAGGAGAGGGGGUGGUGGAUCAGCAUGUGGGGCAGCUCUCAGUUCUUUUAAACAGCUUCUGGUCCCAGGUGGAGCCUCAGCUUUAGAGGAUACUGAUUCCUCUUUUCCCCGAUACACAGCAUUUAUGCAACAGCCCUGUAAUGACAGCUCUGCCAUCAUCACGUCUUUGUUCUCACGCUUCAAACCCCACCACGACGUGAUGUUGGGAUUCUACUGUAUGAGUUUGUGUUGCAUCACAACUUUGCAAGAGUGAGGGAGGAAUGAUGUGUAAAUACACAGCAAAAGCUCCACAUUUACACACACACAUGCACAUACACAUGGCACUUUUAGGUCCUGCAGGCUCUGACACACCCUCUGUUACUACCACUGAUGGAGGCAGUAGGCCAGUCCCUUUGCAAAUUGUGAGAGGGUUGAGAUUUGAAGAAAACUGCAGAGAUCUAUAUGGACGACAGAGCUUCAUUAUAAGUUUGACGAACCAGAAUUUUAACUGAAUAUAUAUCAAAAUACUUCACUUGUUGGCGAGAAUGAAAUUGGUUUACAAAAUUUUUUUAGACAUAAAGAACAAUUCAAGAGCAUACAGUACAUUCAAAUUAAACCCAAUUCUGGGACCAAGUGUUAUUCAAAGCAAAUUUAGCCAGAAGUCCAAGGACUUAAAGGGAUAUUAAGGCGUUAAGUUAAGUUAGGGUCAAACCCACCAGGUUAGACACCCCCUUGAGAGAUGAAUGUUGUCGACUGCUUGCGUCUCUAGUUAUACAAACUUGAGUAACGAUUGCACGAUAGCACCGAGUGCAGCGGAUCAUUUCCUUGAUGUGAUAAUCAUCAUAAGAAUCAUUCUAAACAGCAGUUGCGGUAGUUCUUCUGCCUUAGCAUCUCGGUCUGAUUGCAUUUCCAUUAAUUAAUAAUCAUAAAUGUUCUUCCUUGAGCUGCGAAACUCCGCUGCACUCUGUGAUAGACUUGUCAGGGCUCCCCCACAAUUAAGCGGCUACUGGAGGAGAGUGGGUGAGUUGUGUUUGGUCUCUUUAUUAAAGAAAUUAGGCGAAGCUAAAAAGAUGUUUGAUGGAUAGUACUAUGGCUGGGACACUAUAUGUACUGUUGAUGAAGUUAGGUGCUGUUCUGAGCAUUAUUUGUGGCUAUAGAGUGGCUUUUUGGAGUUUUGCGCAUGGAUCCAUAGACCGCUGUGUAUUGCUAUCUGCUGUCAUUACUCAAGUUGGUAUAACUAGAGAAGCAACCAGUCAGCAACAUCCAUCUCUAGAGGGGGUGUCUAACUGAGUGUUACAGUGUGUUUGGCCAUAACUCAAACCUACAUCAGAAUAUCCCUUUAAGUUGCUGAGUUGAGAGCAAGUAUCCCUCCUCUCACUCUUAAAGUCAGCAGGUUUAAGAACAUCCAGGAGGAACACAGACUGUGUGAAUUAUGUAGAUGAGGAGAAUGAAAUGCGUUAUCUUAUAUUAACUUUUACAUGACGAGUGAAGAAAUAUUGGUUAAAAGUCCCUAUAUGUUUUUUGCGCACUUAUGAUGAGAGGUUGGGAUGUCUUUUUACUUCUACUACUCCAAGUUCAUUUCUUUUCUCUCCAAAGCCUGGAAGAAACUUUAGAAACAUCAGAUCUUUGUAGGACAAUUAUUAUAACUUGUAUAACACGGGUCUGCUCUGGUCUUUGGUUCUCAGGUAUAAAUAAUGGUGGGUUGUAAACCAGGUGGGCUGGAUGUAUUGUAUAUGCAUGACACAAUAAUAAAUAAUAAAUAUCAAACCAGUCAAAGUCAGUGUUUACCAUAUGGCAGAGUGUUUAAACAUUCAAGGUUUUGACGUUUUUCUUUUUGUCAUUCCCUCAGGAGAAUAAAGUUAAGACACUAUAUUACAUGAAUAUAGUCAAAUGAAAAUCCACAAAUGUUAUGAGAUUAUAGUCAUAUGAAAAUAAAGUCACAGUAAUCCUCUUGUAAUAUUUUGAGAAUAAAGUCCUCUUGUUGAGAAGAUAAAGUUGACGGCGAGAAGCCAACAGUCUGUACCAAAAGGAGGAAUGAGGAGCGUCUAGUUAAAUUGUCUGGAGUGUUUUGUCUCCUCAGCUCCACAUUGUUAUAAGUAUCAGGACUCUGAAAAGACUGAGCAGAAAUCUGAGGCCUGUGGUGUCCCCGUUCAAAACAGCAUUAUGAGGAUAAUCAUUCACUAAAUUAAUGACCUGUUUCUUGUAACAUAAUGACUCUUGUAACAAAAUAUAAUGACUUUAUUCUCCUAAUAUAAUUAGUUUACUUUGACUUUAUCCUCAAAAGAAAAUGACUUUAAGGUUAAAAAAAACAGUUUAAUUUAAUGUGGCCCUCUGUUGUACUAUUAAACCUUUUUGCUGAGUGUAAGAAGUGUUCAUAUUUCACAGAUCAUCCUACUCUCACAGCGUAUCCUGCUUGAAUGAUGGUUUGAGCCGGAGAGUCUCGCCGCAGCUGGUCAUAUAUUCAGCUGUCGUUCUACACUCUGUUUCUGGUCAGGUUAUACUUGUUUGAGUCCAAUUAUAAGAACAUACUCGGGUUAGAUCGGGAUCGCUUGAGGGGACUUACCCAGUUAAGACAACCUUUGGAGACUGUUAAAUUUAGUGAAGCCACAAAACCAGAAAAAGAUCCCGGGUAUGUUUAAUUGCUUUUGCAGUAAACAUGAUGAUGACAAACAUUAAAAAUCACUAUCAACCAAACAAAAGGAAAUCCCAUCAAAAGCCCAACUCUUUUCCUGUAUGGAGGGAAAGCAGACUGACUUGCAGUAUCGAAGUACAAAACCCAAUUCCAUUAAACUUCGAUAAACAUUGAUGUCGGUUUUUGAUACAGUGCCGCCUGAGGGAUCGAAGUUCACGGGCAUUCAAUGUUGGUUUCCGGCCGUGCCGCUUACAUGCAGUGAUUUCUCCAGAUUCUCUGAACCUUUUGAUGAUAUUAUGGACUGUAGAUGUUGAAAUCCCUAAAUUCCUUGCAAUUGUACUUUGACAAACGUUGUUCUUAAACUGUUCGACUAUUUGCUCACGCAGUUGUUCACAAAGUGGUGAACCUCGCCCCAUCCUUGAUUGUGAAUGACUGAGAAUUUUUUGGGAAGCUGCUUUUACACCUAAUCAUGGCACUCACCUGUUCCCAAUGAGCCUGCUCACCUGUGGGAUGUUCCAAAUAGGUGUUUGAUGAGCAUUCCUCAAAUUUCUCAGUAUUUUGUGCCACUUUUCCCAACUUCUUUGUCACGUGUUGCUGCCACGAAAUUCUGAGUUAAUUAUUAUUAGCAAAAUAAAUAAAGUUUAUGAGUUUGAACAUUAAAUAUCUUGUCUUUGUAGUGUAUUAUUUAUGUUUAUCACAAUUUUCCAACUUCAAUGGAAUUGGGUUUUGUAUUUUCAUUUCAUUUACCAGUAUGUUAUUUACACUUAAUUCAAAGUGAAACACAGUUAAAUUACAUGCAGCCAAAUGGCUCAUAUAAAUCCAGUGUAUGAAAAUACAGCACCAACUUUAUCAGUUAAACUUCUUUGUCACUAUGAUUUGCUCAGUGUUGAUUCUAACGUGAUGUUCUUUACAGGAAACAUUACCGGGAGUACCUGGUCAGUCUGAUUAACAGCCACUCCAUUGACCCUGCGCCUCUGUACAGCUCCAAUGAGCUGCUGCUGGCCUGCAAGAGAUACAAGGUGGAUGACAGCCGCAGGGAUGGAGAGGACAGCUUCACCUAUUACAGCAGACUGCUGGAGGUAAGUCUGUAUGUGCAGGAAUGUUUUUUUUUGUUUGUUUGUUUUUUUUAAUUUUAAAUAAAAGUGAGCUAAUGAAACAGGCGUCACUUCAGGCUUUAACACCUUCAAGACUGUGAAUUUAAACUUACAACCAUAUUCCGUGAUAAUCCCCAAACUUUGAUCAGUCCUAAUAAUUUCAUGUCAAGUAUUUUUCAUCACAUUAAAACUCCAUUAUGUCGAAUUUAAAACAGCUUUAGAGUCUACAUUAACAAUGUGAAGCAAAUCUUACAAGGCUCUUGAUUUAUAAAUAAAAAAAGUAAUGAAGUGACCUCUGUAAUCUUGACUUUUAUAGUCAUUAUUCAGACGGUUUCUGCAGUGUGGUCUAACAGCACACCUUAGAAGUAGGAGACUGCUGGAAAGUGCUUGUUUGGUAAAAUGUCGAAUUCAUUUUAUUUUUCUGUAAGGCAACACAGUUGAAUGAAAGCAAGGAAGCAGGAGGGAUAUAUAUUUCAAUUAAAUGCAGAACAAAAUCACCAGCUCUAUUAACUUUGAGUGUUGUUGAAACUGAGAAAACCGAUGAGUUAUUUAUCUGGGACCAUGAAACUAACCAAAAAAUCCCUUACCUGAAACCACAGACACAGUGAAAAGUAAAACUAGAGAAAGAUUUGCACUUAUACAAACAGAACAAUCCCAAGAUGGGUUUCCAUAGCGAGUUUUAUUCACAUCCUCAUAAUGUGCAAUCUACACUCUCCCAAAUAGUACUCUGCCAGCUUUUAGUUCGCUGACAUCAGUCUGAACAGCUCAUCUGUAUGCUCAGCUUGUAGAUGGUAGCUUAAAUAGUAAUAAUAAUAACUUUAUUCAUAAUGCACCUUUAAAAAAACAAAAGUUAACAAGGUGCUUUACGGACAAAGCAGAAUAAAUUAUAAUGAUCAAAGCAGAGGAGAAAUAAGUCAUUGAUCAGAAAGUCACAAAUAAAGGGCAAAAAGAAAAAAACCUAAAAUAGCCACAAAAAGAUUUCAAGAAGAGGGCAAAGAAAAAAGAACAAAGAACAAAAGGAAAGAAAAAGGUAGAUGACAUCACAUAAGAAGUACCAAUGAUUAAAAAGAUGAAGAGCUGCAAGAUACAAAUAAACCAACCAAUAAAUAAACAUAAGUAAAUCAAUGAAAUUUAUGUGAUCAAGGACAGUAAAGGACGGGGUCACAUGAGGGCUUGCAAACAAAUGGUUGAAACUAAAGCAUCAAUACAUGAAAGUUUGAAGUUUGAAGUUGACAAGUGUUCAAAGAGUAAGUUUACAUUAAAACCAGUCUGUAAAAGCGAAUUUUUCUGAAGUUAUUUAAAAGAUGUUACUGAAAAAAAAGCUGAAUUUUCCUUUAACCAAACUCUAUUUAAUGUAGUUUCAGGAUCUGAUCAGUCCCAUUCUUACCAGACAAAAUCAAUAAAAGUGGUGUGUAUUUCAAAGCCUGUUUGUCCCCUGUAUGAGUUGAUAUUUCUGAGGUUAUUUUUUAAAUCUGCACGUUUCUUUGUAUAUGCUGACAUUUACAUCCCUCUGUGCUCUCUCUGCAGAAACUAAUGGAUGAAGUUGCACUUGGUGACAAGGUGCCACGCAAGAAAUAGUGGAUGCUUGAUUCCUGUUUUCUGUCCUUGUUAAUAUCCCAAUCUGUCCAUCUGUAAACUUCUUACUCAUUUACACAAAACAAAUGAGACCUAACCUUGAAGCUCCUGUGAGAAAUUUCAGCUGCUGAAACAGACUUUCAUUUUUUUAACCCCAAACAUUCACUGUGAGGCUUCUUAGAUAAUUAAAAAAACAAGAACAGUUAUGUUUCUUUGACAGAAAACAUUGCAAAAGCACAUUCCGGACAAGGUCACCAAACUGGCUAAAGGUCCUUUCACAGUGGGAGCGUUUUUUUUGUGCGAUUAUUUUGGACGUCAGUAUUUUCCCAUUCUGCGAUAUUGCGGCAUUUAUUUUUUCGUAUCACAGUCGAUUUUUCAAAAGUUUCUCAUUCUGUGUGUCUACUUCUGACCAAUCAGAUUGUGUGUUGUUGCGACGUCUGUUUCACCGGUAUAUCCAACAUGGCCGACCGGCUGAUUGUUUACGUGUCGGAGAACAGAGUGCUUUUUGAUAAAAAACACAAACAUUACAAAGAUAACAACCUGAAGGAAAACUUGUUGAGAGUCAUAGUGUCGGAUUUCUCAUAUGACGAUGGUUUGUGUGCAUUAACAGUUUGCUGAACGUCUUUGUUUUAACUUUCAUCUGUGCUAAGUAACUUUAGCUCGUAAGCUAACCUGUUCAGAUACAACAUACCAUAUGUAUUUUCACUGUCUCAAACUCAGUCGCGUUGCUGUCACAGCACCAUUAGGUCUCGGUUGUUACCUUACGUUUAUGGAUUAUAGUUUAAUGUGUUUAUCUGGUACUGGCCCUGACUCAGUACAUGCUAUCAUGACAGACAGACAUCUCAACACUAGUGUCUAAUAUUUCGUAUAUUUGCGUCAGUCCCAGUGUGUAAGGACCUUAAUCUUGCUGCUUUGCCUUCAGAGGUCAAAAACAGUAUGUCAACACAAGCUUAACGGUCUUCAGGAGACCUUAAAGUUCUGUAAACGUUUAGCUCUGCUCCCAUGAUGGUACAAACUACAGCAGAGUUUUCCCUCAUGCACUGCCUGAGUGCAACAUUGGUUUUAUUCCAUCCAUAAAUAGGUCUGUAACCCAGAUCAGAGGGGGUUUCUGUUGUUAAUGCUUGUCCAUCUCAAAGUCAGGCCAAAUGAACAGCUAAACAAGCACAGUGGUAACAUGGUCAGCAAACAACUUGGUAGUUUUGGUGCUGUGGGUAGGUUAUGAUCUCCAUAAAGCUUGUCAGUAGAUGACAUGGCACCCCACAUCAUCACAGACUACAGGACUUUAGGCACCUUGGAUUCUGGGCCUCUCUGAUCUUUCUCCAGACCCUGGGACAUUGAUUUCCAAAUGAGAUCUAAAAACAGGACUUUGGACCACAGAGCAAGAGUCCAGUUGUUUGUCUUCUUAGUGACCUUGGCCCAUAUUCCUAAACAUUCUGUGAAUUCUCUCAGAGGGCUCCGAACUUAACCUAAAAAUUCCUAGCAAGGAGUUUUCGCUUAGGAGUGAUUCCAAAACAUUCUCAGAGAACUCUGAGCAAGGAAUGGACAGAAACUCCUGUCUUGGUGAGGAGGUGUGGUUGACCCUGUUGCUCGGCUGUGAUUGGUUGAUCCUAAAAGCUAGAUAAAAAAUAUUCUUUUGGUGACAAUCAGCAAAGGAUGUUUUUUUUUUUUUUUUUCAGGUAAACAUGUUCACACCACUUUCAUUCCUCAAAACAAGAAUUGAUUAAGUUGCAUUAGUUAUGAAUAAAGCUUUUGAUUCUAACAGUAAAGUGGCGAACAUUCGGAAGGCGUGCGCUAAACAUGUUGAAAUGCAGCUCUGUUAGCGAGAUCUUAAACCUAAGUUGAGUAUUGUGUUGAGUUGGUAGUGACAUAUUUUAGAAAAAAAAUGAGGUCAUAGUCUGGAAACAGAACUUUCUUUUCCAUGAAUGCUUCUACUUCCUUACUUCUUCAUGUUGCAUUUGAGUCCUGCCUUCUCAGUCACAUGCACACAUGCAACAUCAACAUCACAGGUAUGUUUCAUGUUCCGUACGAAAUGAGUGGAGAGCCUGCAGGAGAGAUGUUUAGCAGAUAUCUGUGAAACAUGUUCCCUCAGUAUGAAACGAUCCUCCUGAUACUGGAUACAAAGGUGUCUGUGUGCUUUUUUAAUUCUUGUAACUGUAAAUGCCUUUAACCUCUGGACUGCAGUGGACAGACCAUAAAGUAAUCAAUCAGAGGUUAGACUUCAUGCGUGUGUGUCAUGAACGUUUGGCCAUGUAGCAUGUACAUUGUGAUUCCAAAAGGCAGCAGAUGAACCGGUCACUGUAAUUUCUCUCCAUUAUCCUCAGAUCUUGAAUUAUAUCAUCAAACUAUAAACUCUCUGACUGUAUUUUGUAUUUCAUGUGUGAAAUGAAUGAACACUGAACAUGUUAACACCAUAUCCAGAUGUUGUUGCAGCAUUCAUUUGCUUACAGAGUGUUUAAUAAUAACUGCAGGUUAAUCAACAAAGAUUGACAACAUUGACUAAUAUUCAGUGGUUGAAGAAAAGGUAUCUUGUAUGUAACACUGUGGUGGAGGUGAACAGGUAUCAGACAGUAACUCCCUGAUGAUGUAACAGUGCCGGGGGCUUAAAUAACUGUGUUGUUUGAAGGAAAUGUUCAUUUUAAUACAGUAUUAAGAUCCUGGGGAGAAGUGUACAUGUUUUGCAUGUUGUGCUCUGCACUUUGUCUAAAUAAAUAUGAUGCUUCUUACAGACUGUCAGAGGUUUGUUUUCAGUUUGGACACCAUAAAUCACCAUAAAAUAACUCAUGGCUCUGUGUGUAAUUAUCAUGUUAUAUCAAAGAAAUAUUUGUGUUGUUUUGGAAAACUGUAAAUAAAGCAGGCAAUAGGGUUAUGUGCAUAAUAGCAAACAAUGGUAAGAUCAAGUAAGAGUCUUAAAUCAUACUGUGGAGAUCUCUUAGCUAUAAACUGAGAGAUACAACAACGUAAGUGCUACAUGAAUUUAGCUCUGAAUUAAACUGGAUUUAUUGCUGACAUAAUUCAGUGUAAUACGUCAUCCCCACUCUCACCCAGUCUCUUUCAAGCAAAGUAAAGAACAAAUAAAGGCAAAAAGCCUAAAAAAAACAAUCUGUUAAAUGUCCAUGAGCAUAAAGUUAUAAAGUAAUGACGUGAGCAGCUCAGUCUCUUACUGGUUUUAACAAACAUCACCCCCAAUCUCAGUGUCACUACACAUGGCUUCCUAUUACUUUUAGAUUAGAUUUAAGAUUUACAGAUGGAUUUUGAAACUUGUAUGGGUUUUAACAGACAAAUAAAUUAAAAAUCGAAUCAUUUAAUAGCUUUAGAUUAACAGAACACAUAAUUCCUAUUUUACUUAGCACUUCGGUAGUCCCUUUGAUUGCCAAAUCAGAGGGGUUUUUUUUUUCUUCUUCUUUACAAUCACUACUGAGCCCCACUCCGGGAGCCCGUUAGGGCCAGUGGCCCACCCACCACCCUUGACAGCUUCCCUACCACCACCCUCCCCAUGAAGAUUUCGUAUCGCUGCUGAGACCCAGGAUGAUAUCCCCUGGUCCCUGUCCCCCGGCUCUCAGUGUCUGUGGAUUUGCACUGCCCCGGUAUGGAGCCAGUCUGUCACAGUGCAGGGCAAACCUCCUUCCUUUUGAUGGCAUCUGAACUCUGUCGACCACCUCCCCUAGCCUCUCCAGGACCCUGCAGGGCCCGAUCGAGUUGCUGUCCAGUAUUGGGCAUCUGCCCUUCUUCCUCUGUGGGUUAUAAACCCACACCAACUCUCCCACCGUGAAGUGUCUCCCUCUGGCAAACACAUUGUAGUUUCUCUUCUGUCUUGCCCCAGCACUGAUGAGUUCAUGGCAACCUCAUCCCAGAGUGGCCGUUAAUGUGAUUCCACCCAUGUGCGCACUGACCUGAUGUCUGCACCCUCCCCCUGCCUGUGUG